GGGUCGUUGCCUUUGGCUGCUCCACCCUCACUUUGUGUCAGCAGGUAGAAAGUGCUUGCAGUCCCAGGGGAGGGAGGCAGAGAGCAGAGAGUACAAGCUACGAGCCACAGGUUUUUUUGGAAGGGUUUUUGCCUCCUAGGAGCUGAUCCAGUGGUGCUGUUCUGGAAAGGAAGCUCUCCCACGACCUCUGCAGAGCUGCCCAAGUCCACUCUACCCCACGGGUCCCUGCUACUCCUUUGAAGAACAAGAUCACAUUCUCCCUUAAAGCAACCUUCCGAAGUUUGUCGCUGGAUUUCUGCUGUUUGAAGCAACUUCUUUCCUGCUCCCUGCUCAGACUUGCUUACUGUAUCCGCUGAAAGAAGGGGAGGUUGUUCUGCUCAAACUCAAAAGGAGUUUUCAGAAGUGCUCCUGGAUUCCUAGCAAGAUUUUUUUUAGGUUGCUUUGGAAGCUAGAUUGUCGCCACGCCUGGCCCACGAGUCUUCAGCCUGGAGUCAAUUUUUCCUUCUUAUUCAGACUGGAAUUUCACAUUUACCUGUAUAGAAUGUCUCUGCAAGUCUCCUCACUCUCCCCUCACUCCCUGAAAUCUGUAAGUAAGAUUCAGCACACAUUUUGAUUGAUUACUGAAAUAUUUUUUUGUCCAGGAUUUGUAGUGAACCUUCCAGCUGUUACUUAAACCCAUGGAUUCUCGGAGGCAAACUACAUACCAGGUUUGCAUGCCGCUUAAAAAAAAUAUUUUCCCUCCUUUACUUGACUGAACAAACAUUUUCACAGAUAAAUGUCUAUGACUUUGUGCAGUCAUGAAGAUUUCCGGUGGAUAUUUUUUUUCUAAUGUUUAGGAUGCCUUCUUUCAUGUUUUCAGUAAUGCACAUCUAAAAGCGGAUAUAUUAAUUCCGAGAUUUGUAUAGGAAUGGAAUAAAACGCACAGGUGUCUCUCUCUGUAGUUGUUUUUCCUGUUUGGGGCCUUUUUAAAUUUCCGAGAUCUGAAAAACAUCUGAGCAAUGUCUUGUUCCUUUCAUGAAUUUAGGGAGUUGCAGAUUAUACCAUCUGGAUUAAAAAUGACAAACGGGUGGAAAAUUCCAACCUAGAAGAUUGAUUUUAAUACCCACAACCAGGUGACUGAGGUGUUGGCACCAGAGGCAGGUGGAGAGAAAUAGAUGAAGACAUAGCUGAUGACAGUGAUCUUAAUUUAACAUGAAAAAAACUGGUUGACUGUUCUGACUCCUAAAUGGAGCCCCUUUCCAGUCACCAUUGCCUGUUCAUGUGUGGCAUGAAAAGGAGAGAGAGACAAGAAUAGUUAAUGUUCUUGGAGAGGAGUAGAUGGGAAAAGUAACUCACUGGUCAGAAGUCAACAAGGGCUGCUAAGGCCAUCUGAUAUCAGGAGAUUGGCCCUGUUUGCCAUCCUAGGAUAUAAGAGGCUAAAAGGAUUUGGGAAGCAGAGAUUGUCUUUCCAUGGGGAACUGCCUCUCUCCAACCACCAGUUCUGACACCCUUCCCAGAAGAACCCAAGAGCUCUUUGUACCCUACGCUCCCCGAGCCCCCUUGGUUCUGCUUACAACGUCUGAGUUCAUCUGGAGAAGGAGGAGGAGGAGGAGGACCUGACCUGAUCCUUGUAAUCUUGUGGAGCUUGAGGCCUUCAUACACGUGGCACGGAGAAACCCUCCUAGCACGGGGGAAACAAGGAGAACCCGGAGGUAGGGACGGCAGGUAACCCUGCUCUGUUUUCUCCUCUGACCCAUUGACUGCCGCUGCCACACGGAGGACUUCUAAUCCUCAACAAUUUUUGCCUGUUGUUGGAACCUGCUGGCGGGGUGAGGACACAUUCCUGAGCAGUAUGUGUGGCCGGAGCGCACUGCUGCACCUGGGAGCAUGAGUGUUGGCCCCCAGCUACAGCUGGCAGUCCUCUGGCCUUGGCUGCUAAUGGCUACGCUGCAGAUACGCCUGGGCUACUCAGGACUGGCUCUGGUGGCGGCCAUGGAAGCCGAGCGCUCUUUGGCCCAGAAGGCAAUCAUCCGGGUGAUCCCUCUGAAGCUGGAGCCCCUCACACUGGAAGGAGUCUUCGCAAGUGUGGCCGAGGUCACCCCAGCUGAAGGGAAACUGCUGCAGGUAAGAGGACCUUUAUUCUGCUUCCCCCCCAGCCCCUCUCCCUGCCCCACAUCUGUCCAGUGGUUGGUCUGUUGACUACAGGGGUCUUCCAUUCCACCAAGAAACUAAAGCCUCAGAGUUUUCUUUCUUGUGGAGGUGCCCACCUGUCUGGUUUUCAGUGUUGUUUUUUUCAGAGUGAUAGAUGUGCUUUGAAUUACUCCUCUUUCGGCUGCUAGGCAAGCAUAAGGUUAGGGACAUGUGGCUUCCAUGCAAAAGUGUGAAUUCUCUUUGUGAAUGAAAUGUGAAGGCACCAAAUACCCGAGGCUCUCUCUCUCUCUCUUGGAUGCAUCAUUUUGGUCUUCCUCCAUUGCAUCCAGAAACCUUUCCUUCCAUUUGGUUUCUUUUGGUGACAAGGUGCUUUUCCAAAUAGUCACCUCCAGUGAUCUGCUCCCUUCUCCUGUCCCAAAGAGCUGUGUUCUGAAGUGAUGGCCAUGUAUCUUCUGACCAUAAGUUUCUACGAUGACUCAGAAACUUCAGUCAUGGGUCCUCUUGUUUUGGUCAUGAGAGGGAGAGAUGCACGAAGGGGCUUCUUGCAGAUGGGAAAACCCAACGCCCCUCGUUGUGAAGCCCAGUCUAUUGUGAUGGAGCACAGCUGCUGCUCUGCGUUCGUGUGCCAUCUUGCCUCGCAACCUGUGACUCACCUCGCAGGGUCCUCACAUGACUUGAGUUCAUUGUUCUCAAGGCAAGUAGUACAAAGCCCAGCCGAUGCCCUGUAGUUUACAAAAUCCAGUUCAGAACCCUUAAUGAGUUGGAAGCUGCCGACAGUGGUUGAAUUUAGCUGGGCUGAAACCAAAAUUGUAAAUGAGUUGGAGCAGUUGUGUUGGAUUGAACUGGUUUGAGGGGGCUACUUGGGAGACAGAAAAGAAACAAAAAGUGGCAGAUUUAUUGGGUGGUUUAUGAAUGCCCAUGUGAACAGAAGAAGAUAAGAAGAGCCUGCUGGAUCAGGACAACGGCCCAUCUGGUCCAGCAUCCUGUUGUUACAGUGGCUGACCAGAUGCCUGUGGGAAAUGCACAAACAUAAGAGCACUCCUGUGGCUCAAUGGAUCAAAUUGUUGAGGUCCAGGAGUUGAGGGAUUAAGAAUGCAACUGCCCACUAACAUGUGAGAGAACAUUAAUCUUCUCUUGGGUUCCUGUGUCUUCUCUUGGUGGUGUUGGUAGAGCAUCCAUCUUGCAUGUGGAAGGUCCUUGCUUCUUAUAUUCCUAGCAUCUCCAUCUCAAACGAUCUGACGUGAGUAGAGCUAAGAGCCCUGUCUGUGACUCAGAGAACCUCUGCCAGUCAAAGUAGAAAAUGUCAAGCAAGUUGGACCAAUUUUUCAGUGCAGCACCAGGCAGCUUCAUAUGAUUAAAGGAACAGGUACUUGUUUGGGGCAGGCCUAUUUAAAUGUGGAAGAGCCUUGCUUCAUUGCUGACAUCACUUAUUAAAGGAUCUCAGGUAACAGGCUGGGAAAGACCUCUCUCUGCAUGAGAUCCUGGCUGCCAGUCAGAGUAAGUGAUACUGGCUGCAAGGAGCAGCAGCACAAGGCAGCUUCGUACAUUGCAUUGGAUUUAUUUACUUUUCAGCAAUGUUCACUAGAUGUCUGAUGCUGACAUCAGUCAAUUAUCACAGCUUAGAUGUAGGAGUGAUAAAGUUGGCUCUGGAUACUUGUUCAGAGAGUUUUGGGCAAAUGAUUACCUUCUGGAGAUGCAGAAUCUUAUCUCGCAGAGCGGAAUGAGAUGGUUCUGGAAUAGAACAUCUCUGAUAAUUGCAAAUGAUAAUAAGGCUGCCUCCUGCACACUUCCAGAGCAAAAGAAUGUCCUGUCAACUUGAUCUGACUAUCUCAAUCUUUUUUAGAAUCCUAGAACUGCAGAAUUGGAAGGGACCCCACAGGGUCAGUUAGUCCAACCCCCUACAAUGCAGGAAUUACAGCUAAAGAAUCCAUGCAAGAGUAAUAUUAAUAUUACUCAUAUUUCUUGUAUCCCGCCUUAUUUUGUCCAAGGCUCUCGGAGAAACCUAUAUGGCAUACACAGUAAUUUAGCUUAUUUUAUCUUCAGAACAACCCUACGAUAUACAUUAUUACUGAGAGAUAAUAAAUGGCCCAAGGUCCCCUAUUAUUUAUUUAUUUUCAUGUCACCGAUAUGCUUGGAAGUCCAAAAGGACCAGUCCCUGCCUGAUGAAGGAACGUAGAGGAAUUUGACAACAGGGGAAGUGGAGGCAGGGAAAGAAUGUGCAAUUAUUCCAUUUAUUUCUUAGAUUUAUUUCCUGCAACUUUCUCCAACAUGUAUGCAUAUUUAGGCUUGGUGACAGACUAAGUUACAGUAUAGCAUGGUUGUGCAGAAGACUUCCUAGAAAAGUUGGGUAUUAAGGGGAAAUUUGAAGGAAGUGAGAGAUGGUAGCAUCCAUGCGUUGUUGGGGAGCAGGUCCAAGCAAAGGAGAAAAGAUGGGGUCAUAUGAGAGAGCUGUGGGUCCCACCCAUCAUGUGGCUGAUCCAAGGCCCAUAUUUAUUUAUUCAGUCUGUGGCACCAAGUACAUCAUACCGGCUUUCAAACAUCUUGUCAUGAGCUGAAAGGCCCCUGCUGGGACCCAGUGCUGAAGAGAGCAUGAUUCUGCAACUGUUAUUUGUGCCUUUUAUAACUAACAGGUUAGGGUUGCUGCUAUGCGUUCUGUGUGGAACUGCCUUUAAAAAUGGCAGUGGCUCACAUAAUGAUGGUCAACAGCCACAAUUGCACUCUGUGUGUUCAGUAUGAAUUGUUUAUUGUUGUUGAUGCUGCAGGCAAAUUUAAUAAAAACUUUUUUUUAAAGAAUAAGCUGCCAGAAUGUUAUCUGAGCCUAUCAUAUGGAGCCUACAAUUUAGAGGGCUGGCUUUAGCCUUUGGAGCCGCCAGACCCAAAGUGGGCUUUAUUGCCCCUUCCGGAGGGGGCAGUGUGAUUCCCUAGAGGACUUGAAUUAACUAAACUACAUAGUGUUAACUGGUUUUUAAUAUGCGUGUAUUGAAUUGUUGCCAUUUCACGUUUUACCGUGUUUAUUCUCUUCCUUAGUGUGUCAUGCAAACUGCUAUUCUGAAUAAUUCUUUUUAUGUGCCUCAUCCACACUAUAUAUCGAUUUCAUACCACUUUAACAGUCAUGGUUUCCCCCAAGGAAUCCUGGGAACUCUAGAUUGUUAUGGGUGCUAGAAACUGCGAAGUGACUCCCAUCUUUCUCCCAGGACUAUAAUUCCCAGAGUUCCCUGGGAAGAGGGAUUGACUGUUAAACCAGUUUGGCAUGGAUGUGCCCUAUAGUGUGUGGUAAGGGGCAUUCUGAAUGAGUGUAUGGAACCAAGGGGACGGUGACCCCCCCAAAAUUGGGAACCACGGAUUUAGAAAUCUACUCUGAGCGGGACUAACAUUAGAUACAACCCAUAAGCUUUUCCAUUGUUGGCACUGACAUUAUGCAACACUCUCGCAAGGGACACCAGUCUCCAUCACUGUUCACCUUCUGGCUGGCAAUAAAAAUCCAGUUAUUCAUUGAGGACAGGGAGGCAUUGAGAUAGGACAGGCUGAUUGUGAGUAGCUUCCUUUUGACCCAUCUGUUGGCUGCUGCUAUUCGUUAUUCCUGCUGUGUUGAUUUGACCUCCUGCCCGUUAUAAAUUGCUUUAUAAUCUUUUUAUUGUGGUAGUCCACCCCGGGAGGUCUUUCAUUUGGAAAGUGUUUGAAGUCAAUAAACAACAAGGAACUUGGGAGCCCACAGUGAUACCUGGAGGCCAAUUGCCGCAAAUAACUUCUAGGUCAAAAGCUCAAAAUCUGGCAGCUACACAUCUGGUAAGGCCACCUCUGAAUCCAUUGUGCAAGCAAGGCAAGGACUCAGUGGUGACUGUUUUUUUAGGGUAGUGGCACCUCUCAGCACCUCUCUUCUGCAUGCGUCCAGGACUUCAAACAGGCUGAUACCUUCUGUGCAUCCUUAGAAUCCAACAGGGCCAUUGCUGGCUGCACCACAUGUACCAGCAAUCUUCACUAUCUAUUUUUGAGUGGAUGUACCCAUGUUCCCUUGAGAGAAAGUGGGUACUGAAAUGGCAAUAAUAAAACCAAUUUUUAAUGAAGAAAAAUAACUAUAUGCUAGCAUAUCAACUAAUCAAAAAGGAGGUCACAAAAACACACAUACAAAAUGUUUCUUAGCUUUAACAAAAGGUGAGCAAAGAGGCAUAAUUCCUCUGAUCUACAGGAAUGUCCUUGUUCCACAGUAUCAGGGCCACGGCUGCUAAGGAUGUGCUUCUAAUUCUCAAACUGCACAGGUAGAUGGUUGCUGAAACAAGGCCUGUUUUGAUGAAUAACCAUGGCAGGAGGGUUGAUGCAAGGAGAUGCAGUCUUUAAGGAUGUGGGUCUCAGCCAGUGUUGGUAAAAAAAAACCCAAAACCAAAACCCCAGUCCCUUGAAUUGUGCCCAGAAGUGCACGUUGCCAAGGCUGCUAAGGACAGACUGAGCAUACUUCCUUUUCCUGAGCCUCUUGUGCUACCUGAAGCACUUCCGACAUCUUCAAGGGCAGUUCAAUAGCAAGCGCAUUGCAGCAGUCCAUCCUGAAGACUUACACAUUAUGUUGCACAUAUCUGUUUCAAGGGACAAGCACUUGACCUUCUGAAGGAUUCUUUCAACACUGGGGGUGUGGGUGGGAGGGGAAGCUGCCAUUCAGGCAUCCUGUCUGAAUGGCAAAAGAUGCCCAAAUCCAGGGCAGAACCUGCCAGGUUGAGCUUCUGCAACAUCUGCUCAAAGACAGAACAGUUUUAGAAAAUCAAAAGUCGGUUUAGGUUAAGGGGAUGGAUGCCCACGCAGCUUGGGGAAAGGAGAGGCCUUUAGGUCGUUCUGAGUUGGAAUUGAAGGUGAGGGCAACAUGGAGUAAUGCCCUGACUCUCAUAUUCAGGAGGGUCAAGUAGCGGAAAUCAAGGAUAGUGUAAAUUCAAAAGGCUGAUAUGAGAUCAAGCAGACAAAGAGCCAAAAGAGGUCCCUCUCAGGAGGGAGGAGCCAGAGAAAACCCUGCUCCGCACAUAGAUCUGCCACUCUAAACCCCAAUCCAGUGCCAGAGGGUCUGUGUGGAGAGACUGAGGUGUGCAGCGCUGUAAACCUGGGGUUUGCCUGAUCAGGUGAGGGAGCGGGGUGGGGGGCGGACUUGCUUGUCAUCCUCCACAGUCCUUGCUCUGUGUGCUGUGAGCAGGAAGGAGCAUGACGCUGGGAGGGGCUCAAAGAAAACAAGCAGGAGGCGAGGGGGUCAGAAGGGGGCUCAGUUUCAAGCCAGAGUUCUCAAAGUGAGUUUGGUAGUGCUCAAACCCCCGCCCUGCCCAAUAAUUGCAUUUUAAUCUGGGUUGGUGAUGGUCCCAUGUAACACUAGAUCAGACAAGUGGGAGGGGGGAGAGGCUAUGUCAUGCCUAAACUCCGAUUGUGGCCAUGAUUCAGAAGAGAACCCAAUCCCAUCCCAUCCCCCCUUUUAAUUUCACAAAUGCCAGCCCCAUUGUCCUAAAUAGUUUUGGAUUAAGAGUGCUUAACCAGAUAGGAAGCUUCCAAGACUGGAGGCUCACUUCCUCCUUACAUUAAUGCAACCUGAGAGUGAAUUAGAAACCUACAAAGGUUUAAACUCAAAUCACUCCCAGCUUGGCUUUUGCAUGCAUAUAUUCACAUAUAUUUUACAUAUCUAGAUUGCGUACUCUAAAGGGCCUCAAUGCUACAGUAACCUCAGGGGGAAAAACAACUUUCUGCCAUAGUCUUAACCUAGUGUUUUCAUUUUAACCCCUUUGAACUGUCUCGUUUUCUCUCAGUACCGCAUUUUAUUUCAGUACCCCAUCUCUGUUGACCCCCUUGCAUGCUGUAACAUUUGCAUUCUCCAUCUUCCGAUAGUAUCUUUUUUUCUUCAGUCAGGUUUUCUUGUUGUCUUUCUUUUUCUUAAUCCCCAUCUCUUUCCCCUCCCUGCCUUCGCAUCUUUCCCCUCCUCCUUGCACAGCUCUGCAGCAGAAGCACACAAGCCUUUCACACUCCCAGCAAGUCACUCUGUAGGAAGGCUAGGGUGUCUUGUAUGGCAGGUUGGUUGGUUGCAUUUGGCUGGAAAUAUUCACCGUAGUUCCACUUCACUUCUAAAUCCCGGGACAGAAAAGCACCAUUUCUCCAUUUUGGCUGCAAAAAGUAGGUGCCUUACCUCGUGCAGACCUUGCUUAAUUAAGUGAUAUUAUUCUAGAGGAUUUGUUCUGGACUAACCACUGCUUUUUCUUUUCUUUUUUUCAAUGGGAAAGGGAGUGAAACUUCAUCCGGAUCAACAUUCCUUUGCAAUAUCUAUAGCUGUGAAGGAAGUGGCCUGUUCACUGCGCUCUUGAAUUUAGCAAGAAAUUUAAGCCCCUAGUGAACACCCAGCUUCCUUCAUGGCUAUAGAUAUACCACCUGCUUGCUUUCAAGAAAAUAACACAAGCAAGACAAGGGGGACGCCUGAUCGAAAUGUGCAAAAUUCAGGUGGUGCAGCCCCUGCAUGGGGACUGCAUUGCCGCAAGUUUCACAUUUGGAACUUGCCCCUCUCUUUGCUGCUGUAAUAUACAUUUCAGUCUUUCGGUUGUGCUGUAUCUUGAAACAUGUAGAUAUGAUGAGCUCCCAGCAUGUACCUGUAUUUCUACCACCACAGAGGAAUGAUUGGUGACUUGUGAGGCAUGUUCACAGUUCACGCACAACAACCCCAAGACCUGUCCAGCACCCUGUUUGGGAGCUAAGGGUGUGCCCUAGAACUGCUCACAUCCCCAUACUUCUUUGCAACAUAUAAGGGCUCAAACGCAAAGCUCAUUGGCAGCUGAAAACAUUUUGACAGUUUUUCCUGAAGGCAGGAGGACUGAUCUCUAACACCAGGGUAAUAAGCAGGGCUGCUAUAUGUUCUCCUGGUUGGCACUGGCAUGGAGAGAGAAAAGUGUAGGAUGUAGAAUUGGGUACGUAAACUUGCUUUCAUUGUGUUAAAGGUUCUAGUCCUCAUGGGUGCAAAACUCCAUAUUUGGGAGGAUGAUAUUUAGCAUUGGGGAGCACUGGAUGCAGUGACCAAAUUCGGGGGUGGGUGGGUGUGACACAAUUGUCUUAGUACAGGAAAUCUCACUGAAUUUGGGAGUGAGGAGGCAAGUAGGAGACACCAUACAUUUUUUGCUUUUCAAACGUUCAUCGGCAUUCAUUUCCUGCAUAGUCCAUAUCCAUUGUGCUAAACAUCCAGUUCCUUUGAUGAUCCGUGUGUGUCGUGAGUUGACAUUCCUGCUACCUGAUAAGAUCACCCCUAGUUUCUUAACUCGUGAAAAGAUUGGUUAACCACAGCCCCAUGACUGGUUUAGCAUGAAAAGCUACCCUUCAGAGGCUCCUAGCUGUAGGAGGAGAGCAGCAGUGAACAUGGUACGUUUGGGUGAACUCAAGUCUCUGGGUACCUGGCAGCUUCUUGCUCCAGAACUGAUGAAUGAACUUCCCCAGAGGCUGAGUACAGGUGUUAAACAGCACCAGGGACAAGAUCUUAUCUUGUGGUAAAAUAAUUCCUAGGGGCACAGCAGCAGUUGCCCAACACUGCCUUUGAGGACCGAACCCCUUAGGUAGGAACAGAAGGGAGUGCUCAGCAGUUUCCCAAUAUCCUUUGAGAUUGUUCAGGAUGAGUUGAUGGUCAGCACUGAUCACUAUUAAGAGAGGCCAGGAGAAUAAUCAGAUUAACAUUCCCCUCCAGACACUGGUUGUUGCCUGGGGACAGCAGCGUGGGUCCAGGGUCCAGGGGUCCAGGUUUAUCUUUUUAUUUAUUUCAUAAAAUUUAUACACUGCAUGACUGUAGAAAACAGCCUCAAAGUGGUUUAUAGAGAGAAUAAAACAGUAAAAUUAUCAGUAAAAGCAACUCUUUAAAACAUUCAAAAGAUAAAAUAAGCAAGAAACUAGAAACAGAUCAAAACAUACAUACACAUUCUACGUAUCUGGGGAGACUUGCCUAAACAAAAAUGUUCUUAGCAAGAGCCAAAAAGACUACAGUGAAGGCGCCUGUCUGAUAUCAAGAGGCAGGGAGUUCCUGAGUAUAGGUGCUGCCACACUAACACAUCAAUUUCUUAUAAAUGCGGAAUGGGUAUGAUGUGGCACCUGCAGCAUUGCUUGUUUCGCCUCAGAAAACGGGAUCCCUUCUUUCAAAGAAGACUUUAAACUGGUUCACCUCCACACACUUAGCUGCCUUGCCUACAAAUGGUUACAUGAGCUAGUUGAGAGUUCCCUACAAGAACUGGAAUGAAUAUACCUGGUGCUGAAGAUCCUGCCCAGCCUCCCGACUCAUCCCAGUGAAGCCAAGAGCAGAGACCUCAAAAUUGGUGUCUGGUCAAUCCUGAACCGUGACUGAUGCCUGUUGUGACACCCAAAAUGGACACUUUAAUUUGUUGGUGAAGAAGACCUGUCCUUCUCCAUCUCUCUGUCUUGCACACACUCAUGCAGUAGGGAAAUAAUCGUCCACUACAAUAGUUGUUGUCGUAAAACAGGGGUAAAGGUAAAAGUACCCCUGACCAUUAGGUCCAGUCGUGGACAACUCUGGGGUUGUGUGCUCAUCUCGCUCUAUAGGCCGAGGGAGCCGGCGUUUGUCCGCAGACAGCUUCUGGGUCAUGUGGCCAGCAUGGCGAACCAGAGCAGCACACGGAAACGCCAUUUACUUUCCUGCCGGAGCGGUACCUAUUUAUCUACUUGCACUCUGACGUGCUUUCGAACUGCCAGGUAGGCAGGAGCUGGGACCGAACAACGGGAGCUCACUCCGUCGCAGGGAUUCGAACUACCGACCUACUGAUCAGCAAGCCCUAAGCUCUGUGGUUUAGACCACAGCGCCACCCACGUCCCUCUGCCCCCCAGGAAAUUGGUUCAGCUGGGAAUGCCUUUUAAUGCAACGCUACCCAAUUUGCACUUUCUGAAGUUAUAGACGAGCCAAUUUUUAGCCUGGAGAAGAGAAGAAAAGACUGAGAAGUGAUAGGAUAGCCAUCUUCAAAUAUCUAAAGGGCUGUCCCAAGGAAGAUGGAGCAAGCUUGUUGGUUUUUUGCUGCUCCAGGGGGAAGGACCCAGAACCAAUGGAUUAAAAUGACCAAAAAAAAGGAGAUUCUAGCUCAACAGCUGGAAGAACUUCCUGACAGUAAGAGCUGUUUGACAGUGGAACGGAUUCCCUCGGAAGUUUGUGGGAGGUUUUUAAAUAGAGGUUGGAUGUCAGGGAUUCCUUGCUUGUGAUUCCUGCAUUGCAGCAGGUUGGGCUAGGCUACUAGCCAUGAUGGGUAUGCUCUGCCUGGAGUUGGAGGCAGUGAUGCAUCUGAAAACCAGUUGCUGGAAACCAAAGGAGGCGGGAGAGCUCUUGUGCUCAAAUCUUGCUUGUGGGUUUCUCAUUGGAGUAUCUGGUUGGCUAAUGUGAGAACUGGAUCCUGAACUAGAUGGGCCACUGGCCUGAUCCAGGAGGCCCUUUUCCUGUGUUCUCAUAUUAGCAUGGCCAUAUGAUGCUCUGGAACAGAAGGGAGCACAGCCAUGCCAGCUGAGGGGAGUUGUAGUCCAACACAUCUGGAAGUCUGCAGACACCAGGCCGUCGACAGCACCACCUCAAAAUUACCAUUGUAACCUGAUGGCACUGCGAAAUUGACCACUGCUACUUAUGAAAUCUCCUUUUGCCCGAUAUUGAAAUACAUCCCAAUUGCCCCGAACAUGACACAGGCCAUAAACUUUCAAAUGGGUAUCUUUGGCUUCCCUUGUCCACAUUUCCUUACUGCUGAUUUGUAUAAUUAUUAACAAAUCAAUGGGCUUUGGGGCACAAAGUGCAAUUGGCCUAUGGGGAAAGUGCUUUGAAAUGAUGCCGCCGUGAGGCCAGACCCUCCAUUCUCCAGCACACGCACACAAUAUAUUUAUAACGAUUGUAUACCAUUAACAGUCAUGGUUUCCACCAAAGAAUUCUGGGAACUGUAGUUUUUUGAGGGCUGGGAAUCGUUGGACACUCCUAUAUCCUUCACAGAGCUACAAUUCCCAGGGUUCCAUGGGGAGACGGAUUGACCGCUAGACCAGAUUAAGUCUGUGGUGUGGAUCUUCCCCGAUAUGAAUGUAUUUGGCAUGAGUGCAGCAAUCGCUGGCAAACAUCCUUUAGCUUACAUAAUAACUAUGGAUGCAAGGCAUUGCGGCAGCUGAUAGGCCACUUAAAAGCAUACAGGAAAGCAGGUGAGAUGUCCCCACCCUCCCAAGUUAAAGGUGUGCUUGUGCAGAACAUUUCCCGCGAGUUUAUUUCUUAUUCUAUUUAUUGCAUUUAUACCCCAUCUUUUUCUCUAAGGAGCUUAUUAAAUCCCCUCAUUAAACCCUGACAACAACCCUGUGAGGUAGGCUAGGCUGAGAGGCAGCGAUUGGCCCCCGAGGUCACCCAGUGAGUUUUUGUAGCCGAGUGGAGAUGGGAACCCUGAUUUCCUACUCCGACACUCUAAACACUAUGCCACACUGACUCUCUGAGUUACGGCAACAAAGCACUUUCUUGGUCUCUUGAGAGAGAUGCAAAGCACCGUGGGAAGCUCCUGUUCAUUUUACUGGGGAGGCCUUUCCACCAGAUUGUCCCCAAAGUGACUGGGUUAGAGAACAGCAGAGGAAAGGGAAAUGUGGCUUUCUUAUGCUUGCAUUCUGCCCCGCACCCUCCCACUCCAUAAAAACCAGGUGUACACACACACACUGUACACUAUGAGCUCUUAUCUUAGUUUUUCCAACAGUACUACAAGAGUAAACAUGGAGAGCUCUGUUUCCACCUCUUGCUUCCCUUCGCUGUUCAAAGCUGCAAAAGACUCAGCCUUGGAUCUCAACUGUGCCUGAGCAUGUAUCCCAAGCAGGCCUCUAGGCUGUUGUUGUUAUCAUCCUCAUCCUCAUCAUUAACAUAAGAAGUGUCUGCUGGAUCAGGCCAGUGGCCCAUCUAGUCCAGCAUCCUGUUCUCACAGUGGCUGACCCCAGAUGCCUCUUCCUAGGAAGGCUGCAAGCAGGACCAGAGCCCAAGAGCACCCUCCCCUCCUGUGGUUUCUAGUCAUCCAUAGCUCUCUCUUCCAUGAAUUUGUCUAAUCCUCUUUAAAAGCCAUCCAAGUCGGUGGCCAUCACUGCCUCCUAUGGGAGCGAGUUCCGCAGUUUAACUAUGCACUCUGUGGAUACGGAAUUGUUGCUGUUGCUGUUAUAUUUAUUUAUAACUCACCUUUCUCCCAUGGCGGCUUACAAAACAACCCAGAUAAAAUGCAAAAAGCUAAAAAGCACAUCAAAGAUAAUCACUUAGUUCUAACUCUAGUAGAAUUAAAUAUAUUAAAGUGCAGAUAAUUUAAACAGCCCAGCCCUAAUUAAAAGCCCUUUCCUUAAAAAAAACACACACAACCAGUCAGUUUCCAAAGGCCUAUCAGAACAAAACUGUCUUCACCUGCCAAUAGAAGGACAGCAGGGAGGGACACAGUCUAGUUUCUCUAGGGAGAGAAUGCCAGAGUCUGGGAGCAGCCACCGAGAAGGCCCUCUCCUGCAGCUCCACCAAGUGUGCCUGGGGGCAGGCGCCCCUCAACUCACAAAAAAGCAGCCUUUUUAUGUUAUUAUUUUAUUCUUAUAUUUAUAUCCCAAGGAGCUCAAGGGGGGCACAUGUACCUUUUCCUCUUCCCGUUUUAUUCUCACAACAACCUGGUGAGGUAGGUUAGGCUGAGAGGCAGUGACUGCCCCAAGGCCACCCAGUGAGCUAUAUGGCUGAGUGGGGAUUUGAACCCAGAUCUCCUAGCCCAACACUCUAACUGGCACACUGGCUCUUGAUGUGAGGAUCAAACCUUAGGGGGCAUCAAGGUUCUUUUUAUUUGUGCACCCCACCAGAAGAGUCUUGAUAACAACUGUAUAACAACCAUAUCUGCUGCACAUUAGGGUCGCCAUAUUUCAAGCUUUUUUUGGCAAAGUUUAUGAGAUUUUUUUGUUUUUGGCAAAAUCGCAAAAAUUAAUAAUGCUGUUUUUGAGCUAUUUCUAUGGAAAAUUGGCAAAAACGGCACUGCCGACAUGGGCUCCCAUACAUCUGGAUUUCCCCGGAUAUUUGUUUUGGCCAAUUUCUGCCUGGAUACUGCUGCCAACUGCAGUAUUUUGGAUAUGUCCAGGAAAUUCCGGACAUAUGGCAACCUUACACACACACCCCGCCUGGUGCUUUCUGCGCGUUUUAGACUACAGCUCCAAAUUCUAGGAAUGAUAGGAGCUGUAGUCCAAGAUAUCUGGAGGGCAUUAGCUUGGGGAAGACUGGCAAAUGGAAAUGUGGCAAGAGUUGUUGUUUUGCUGAGUUUUGUGCUUCACGUGCAGAUAGCCAUUUAUAAAAUUACUCAUGGCAUGGAGAAAUUUGGUGGAGAACACUAGAACACCACUGGUAGACAUCCAGUGAAGCUGAAUGUUGGAAGAUUCAGGGCAGAUGAAAAAAGGAAGCACUUUUUCAUGCAGCUCAUAGUUAAACUGUGGAACUCCCUCCCCCUGGAGGCAGUGAUGUUCACCAACUUGGAUGGCUUUAAAAGAAGAUUAGGCAAAUUCAUGGAAGAGAGGGCCAUCGAAGGCUACUAGCCAUGAUGGCUUAGCUCUGCCUCCACAGUUUGAGGCAGCAAUGUAGAGUUGGAAGGGACCACGAGGGUCAUCUAUAGCUCAGCCCCCUGCAACGCAGGAAACUUUUGCCCAAUGUGUUGCUCAAACCCAUGACUCUGAGAUUAAGAGUCUCACACUCGAUACCAACUGGGCUAUCCCUGCUCUGAAGUUCUUAAGGUAGCAGAUGCAAAGGAGUCUCAAGCUACAGAUUUCAGAGAUUUAAAAAAUGGAAACGUUGAGAAUUCCUAAUGCUUGCUUGCUACUUUGGAAGCAAAGGCAGGUGAGCAGGAACUCCCAGAUCGGCAGAGGAAUCCAGGAAGAUUUAUAGAAGCAUCCCUUGGUGCAGAACAUGAGAGUGAGUUUUAAAAGGAUGGUGCCGCCGCCGCCGCUGUUACGAAAACAUGAACAGGCACGCACAAAUAUUCCUCACAUUUUUCUUCUCCCUCUAACAAUUAUUUCUUUUUCUUUUUUUAAAAAGGCACAGGGUCUCCAAAUUAGAUUUCCAUCUUCUUUGAAGUUCCCAGAGAUGCCUCCUUGCUAGGAACAUGCUUGAGGUUGGAAGGUCAGCAAGGAGGGGACAGCGGUGACUGCUUAAGAGAGCUGGGGAGGGCAGGUCAAGAGUGUUUUCUGCAUCUGGGCCUGCGACCCUAAACACAUGGGUUGGGAGAGAGAACCUUGUAGAGUUCAGCAAGACUCGCUUGCAUGUUAAGACGCAUAGUGUCCUCCUGGGUACGGGAUUAUAAACAUAGAGAACACAUCUGGAUCAAGCCAAUGGCCUCUCUGGUCCAGCAUCCUGUUCUCACAGUGUCUGACCAGAUACCUCUUUUGGGAAACCCUCAAGGAAGAGCACCAGAGCCCUCUCUCCUCCAGCAACUGGUGUUUGGAAGCAUUACUGCCUCUGACUAUGGAGACAGACCAGAGCUAGGAUGGCUAGUAGCCAUUGAUAGCAUUACCCUCCAUGAAUUGGUCCAAUCCUCCUUUUCAGCCAUCUGAGUUGGUGUCCGUCACUGUCUCCUGUGGGAGUGAGUGCCAUAGUUUUAACUACACACUGUUUAAAGAGGAAUUUCCUUUUAUCCUUCCAGAAUCUGCCAAUGUUCAAUUUUAUUGGAUGCCCCUGAUGUCUAGCCACUGGUGCGUGAUGAUUUUUUUCAUAAGGGGAACAUUUAGGGCCACAGGUGCAAGCUUGCGAGGACAAUCGGAGGGGGUGACGUCAUAUGUGUGAGCAUUGCCCUCCCUUCCUAAGCUGGGCAGAAGCUUCCUGGGCUUUGGGAAGGGGACUAGCCUAGUCCACUGACCACACACUGCUGCGCUCUAGCACUAUGAGAGAGGGGGAAAAACUUUCUUGCUGCAUCACCUAGUCCUGGGCAUAUAUAAUCACCUCAUGAGCAUGAAGCAUAAGAGCACAAGAAGAGCUUUGCUGGAUCAGGCCAGUGGCCCAUCUAGUCCAGGAUCCUGUUCUCACAGGGGCCAACCAGAUGCCCCACUGGAAAAUCUGUAUGCAGGACUCAAGCCCCAGAGCCUUCUUUCCUCCUGUGGUUUCCAGCAACUGGUAUUCAGAAGCAUCACUGUCUCCAGCUCACAUCUCAGUGCAGGAUCCACAAUAUACUGAUGAGCUGCAACCUCCUUGGCUUUAAUACCUCCAAGGAAGGAGAGCCCACCUCCCUAGAGUUGGUCCUGCUGUUGGACAGGUUUCAAUGUUAAGAAAUGCCUCCAGAUGUUUUAGCUGCCGCCUUCCUCUUUGCAAUUCCUCCCCAAUGCUCCCAGCCAUGAGGCAACAGAGAGCAAGCCUGAUCCACCUUCUGUAUGACCAAAAUCCAUCUUAAAGGUCCUUAUUAUCCCAUCAUAGCCAUAUCUUCUCCAGGUCUUUUCGUUUCCAGACUCCAUGCUUUCCUGGACACCCUCAACUGGGUGUGCUCCAGUUUAGGUGUGUCAGGUGCUGCCCUAGGCUGAGUUAGACCGUUGGUCCAGUGUUGUCUCCACUGACUGGCAGCAAUGGCUGUGCAGUGUUUCAGGCUGGGGGCAUUCCCAGCCCUCCCUGGAGAUAACUAGUCAAUUAAGCUUUCAUAGAAUCCUCAAGUUGGAGGUGACCCUGAGGUCAACCCCCUGGUCCAACCCCCUGCAAUGCAGGAAUAUGCAGUCAUCCCAUAUGGGAAUCAAACCUGCAGUCUUGGCAUUAUCAGCACCACGCUCUAACCAACUGAGCUAUGCCAGAGAUUGAACUUGGAAACCUUGUGCAUGCAGAGGAGAUGCUCUCCCGGUACAGCCCUUUCUCUAAAACCAGCCUAAGGCUCCAGUCCUCAUUGUUAUGAAUAAAGCUCUGGUUUAAAUAGGAGUCCAGGAAGCUGAUCUAUACAGGAUCAGACCAUUGGGGUCCAUUCAGCUCAGUAUAUGCUAAGAGGGGGAACAUUCCCAGCCUUCCUGGAGAUGCCAGGAAUUGAACCAGGAUGUCAAAGCAGAUGCUCUGUCACUAAGAUACAGCCUUGUCCCUGUGUAUAAAGCAAGGGUCGUGGUUUGGAAGAAAGGGCUGGUUUAAGCAGGAAUAUGGGAAGCUGCCUAAUACCGAGUCAGGCCGUUGGUUGAUUGAACCCAGUAUUGUCUACACAGACUGGCAGCAGCUCUCCAGGAGGGAAUCUCAGCCCUAGCAGGUGAUGCUGUUGGAGACCUUCUGGAUGCAAAGCAGGUGUUCCUCCACCUUCCUCAACAGUCUGCCAACUUCCUUAAAGAACUGGGCGUCAUACUUUCGGUGCAUCCUGAGCAGGUCACCCUCCUUUGCAGAAAAUAGACUGCAUCCAAAAGCAAUGGUUGGAAUCUGUGCUGUACCUGCACAGGUGGAAAUAAAGGGCAGCUAAAAUGAUCAGAGGCUUGGAGCGGAGCAAAUCCUCUGCCAAGGAAGGUUGCAGCAUUUGGUAAUGUGGAAGAGAGGAUGACACAGGUGUAUAAAAUAGUGCCCAGUAUGAAGAUUUUUCUCCCUUGUAAUGCUUGCAGAAAUUGCCCCGCAGUAGGUUCAGGGCAGAUCAGAGAAAAGACUCCUUUGUGCAGUGUGUGUCUGGUUUACGGAACUGGCUACCACAAGAUGAUGAGGGGCUGGGAUUACUGCAUUGCAGGGGGUUGGGCUAGAUGACCCUUGGAGCCCCUUCCAACUCCACAAUUCAAUGAUGCUUUUAAAAGGGGAUGGCAGAUUCAUGGAGGAGAAGGAGACAAUGCCUCCUGGGAAGUGCAAGGGUGCUGGAUUUGAUGGAGGGCAUAACAAAUUAAAGAACGGAAGUCCAAUAAUUGGACUUCACAUCAAUUUCACAGGUGGCUGGCAACUCUGAUUUUGCUGUGGCUUAUUGUAGGAAGGGACACGUCUACUAGAACCCGUUUAAUCCCAUGUGUGAAGUUUGCUGGGAACGUAAAAACAAGAGCACAAGAGCCUUCUGAACCAAGACAAUGACCCAUCUAGUUCAGCAUCCUCUUUUCACAUUAGCCACCAAGAUGCCUCUUCUGGGAAAUCCCGCAAGCAGGAUCCAAGCACAAGAGCCCUCUUGCCUCCUGAGGUUUCCAGCAACUGGCAUUCAGAACAUCACUGCCUCCUACUAUGCUGUUAUGAAGGGGAGAGUUGCUCCUAUGGUCAAUUCCUACUUGCAGGUUCCCCACUGGGGCCACUGUGCGAAGAUGUUGGACUUGAUGGGCCACCAGCCUGAUCCAGCAGGCUCUUCUUCUGUUCUUAAGAAGGGACUUGUUUUGAUUAAUGUCUGCAGGAGACUUUGUGGAUAUUUAAGUUAUAAUUGGAAAAAUCUUAAUAAUUAUUCAUAAAGGAAACAGCUUAUAAGAAGUAAAUAAGGAGGCCAGACACAGGAUAAAGGAAGUCUUUUAUUUGGUUGUUUGUAUUGUUGUAUGUUAUGUUUAUUGUAUUUCUGUAUUGGGGUGGGUGGGUUUAUGUUGUAAAUAAAAUUUCCAAUAAAAAAUAUUUUUUUAAAAAGAAGGGACACGCGGGGUCUUGGAUUGGUCCCAGGUCUCAUACUCCAAAUGAGUAAAGCAAAGGUGCAAACAACCAAUAAUUUGAGCACGUGCAGAGUGCCUCUCCCUCUGAUGCUGAAUUGGCACAUGUGGGAUUAAGGGCAACAGGGUGUGAUUGGCAGGGUGUGGCGGUGAUGACGGCUACUGGCUUAGACACCUUUGAAACGGGGAUUAGACAAAUGCAUCGAGGAGGAGGAGGAAAAGGAGAGGUCCAUCGCCAGGUAAUUAGGUUGCGUAGAGCUUCCAUGUUCAGGAGCAGUCUAGCUCCAAAUAUAUCACACAAGGCAAGGUGGGUGCCUUCAUGCCCCAGAGAGCCCUCUGGUUGACCACUGAUGCAGCUGGCCUCUGUGGGCCACCAUCCGAUCUUCCUUGUGGUUUUUUUGAUCCCUGGAGAGCAAGUGCAACAUCUCUGCCCCCCACCCCAGGUUCCCCCUGGGUGUGUGCUGGGCCCUUCCUUCCUUCAUCAGGGCUGGGGAGAGAAAGAGAGAGAGAGAGAGAGACAUUCCAAUCCCUUGCUUUGCCUAUAAAACCAUUUCUUUUGUCGGUGGGAAAUUUUUGCAGGGUGUGAUCACCCAGGCAAAAUAAAGAGCUCCUUUGAAGUGCGGGCAAGUUACUUAGUGAGCGCCUGGGGGUGAGAAUCAGAUUCCUCCCUCUCUGGAGCAGGGCAGGCCUGUCUGUACAAGCUGGAAGGCGAAGAGCAGCGAGCAAAUGGCCCACAGCAAAAGAAGAGAGAGAGAGAGAGGGAGAAGACUGCCAAGAGUGAGCUAGCAGGGUUUCCAGUGUGUGUGAGAGAGCACAUCAACGCACCUGCCCCCGGACUCCUUUAAAAGACCCUUCCCUGCCUGGAAUCAUAGAGCUGCAGAAUUGGACAGGACCCAGCAGGUCAUCGCCCUUUCUCAGCCAGCCUCUCCGCUAGCUGCUGUUAUCCAGGCUUACAAUUUGUGGUGAAUCGCUGUAGGAGCUUUGUCAAAGGGGUGUCUCAAGAGGCAACCCAAGAAGAGCCAUAAGUAGAGCUCACAAGUGGGGUGUGUGUGUGAAGGCUGCCACCUUCCCUUGCUGCAUGUUAUAUUCAGAGCUAGACUGCCCCUGCACAUGGAGGUUCUGUUGGAGGAUAAUAAUCUGAUGAUAAACUCUCCCCCUCCAUGCAUUUGACUAGUCUCAGGUUGCUGGAGAAGCCCUGUGCAGUGCCAGAGGACCAUCAGAAGAGUCCCGUGCAGCUGGAUCAGGGCAAAGGUGUGCGUGGGGGGGACCCAUGUAGUCCAGCGACCAAUCAGGUGCCCCGUUGGGAAACCCACAAGCAGGACCCAAGUGCAGCAGCGCUCUCCUUGCGAUUCCCAGCGACUGGCAUGAUUCAGAAGCCCAGGACGCGGGCAUUGUUGCUAGAAGCUAGCCAUGGAUUUGCCUUAUUAUCUGCCAUGAAAUUGUCUAAUUGGCUUUUAAAGCCGUCCAAGCUGGUGGCCUUCGUGUGGGAGCAAAUGAUACCAUGGUUUCAACUAUGUGCUGUGCAGAGAAGCACUUUUCUUUUGUCUGACCUGAAUCAUAAUCAUCAUCAUCAACUUCUUCUUCUUCUUCUUUUUCUUCUUCGACUUCUUAGUUUGGAGAAAAAGCGAGGAAGAGGCCACACAGUAGAAAUAUAUAAAAUUAUGUGUGGCAUGCAGACAGGAGCUAGAGGAAAGCUUUUUCUCCCUCUCUCACAACACUAGAACUUGUGGAUAUACAAUGAAGCUGAAUGUUGGAAGUUCAAAUUAAAAAAAGGACUUUUUCACGCAGCGCAGAGUUAAAUUGUGGAACUCCCUCCCACAGGAGGCAGUGAUGGCCACCAACUUGGAUGGCUUUAAAAAAGGUUUGGGCAGAUUCAUGGAUAAGGCUGUCCUUGGUGACUGGCUCUGCUCUUGCCUCCACGGUUGGUGGAAGUCAUGCCACUGAACCAGUUGCUGGAAAUAGGAGGGGAGAGUGCUCUUGCGUUCGAAUCCUGAUUUCUAGUUUACUUAUUUCAUAAAACGUAUAUACUGCUUGAGUGGUUGGCCACUGUGAGAACAGCAUGCUGGACUAGAUGGACCAUGGGCCUGAUCCAGAAGGCCCUUCAUAGAACCAUAGAGUCGGAGGGGCCCUGAGGAUCAUCUAGUCCAACCCCUUGCAAUGCAGGAUUAUACAGUUGUCCCAUACAGGGAUUGAACCUGCAACCUUGGCGUUACCAGAACCACGCUCUAACCAACUGAGCUCUUUGACUUCUUAAGUUUUUGUGCUUUUGCUGUUAUUUAUUAAUUUUAUCGGUCGCUUUUCUUGCUACCGCAACUCAACGCAUGCAAAAUAACACAUGCAUAUAUUAAAACCAGCAUUAAAAAAAACAGUCUAAAAGACACACACAAACACACAUUAAAAAACAAAAUUCAAACCCAUGUAAAAACAUCAUGGAUAGUUUAAAGCCCAAAGGCCUGAUGAAAAAGGAAUGUUUUCACCUGGGGCCUAAAGAUAUGGAGCAAUGGUGCCCAGUGAACCUCCCUGGGCAGAGCAUUCCACAAGUGGGGAGCCACCACCGAAAAGGCCCUGUUCUUUUGGAACCCCCUCCUCCAUUGAGUUCUAGAAUUUUGAGGGGAUGGGGAAAUCUCCCUAAUUUGAUAAUUUACACUGACCCAUUUUGUAUGCCUCCCUUUCUUGCCUUUUAUCUAAACUAAAAAACAAAACUCCACUUGUAGUGACUAUUCCUUGGAGGGAAGUUGCUUCAGUCCCAUAGAAGUAUAGAAUUGUUGAGCUGAAAGGAACCCCAAGCGUCAUCUAGUCCAGCCCCCUGCAAUACAGUUCUAUUUACUGGGCGCUCAACUAGGUUUCCAGUGUUGGGUUUUUAAUCCACGUUUACAUGGGCUUAUCCCAAAUUCAGGUUUAUCCUGUCCUUUGUUAUAAGGAUACACCUGUUUGAUGCUGAUCUUUCUCAAGCCCAGCUGGAUCCGCCCCAAAGGGGCCCAUCCAGUCCAGCAAUCCUGUUCUCCCCGUGGCCAAUCAUAUGCCUCACUGGGAAACCCACAAGUAGGACCCGAGAGCAACAGCAACUCUCCUCCAUGCGGUUUCCAGCAACUGGUAUUCAGAAGCAUCACUGCCUCUGACCCAUCUAGGUCGGUGGCCAUCCCUGUCUCCUGUGGAAGUGAGGUCCACAGUUUUAACAGUGGAUUAAGAACUUAAUUCGUUCUGGAGGUCUGUUCUUAACCUGAGGUACCACUUUAGCUAAUGGGGCCUCCUGCUGCUGCUGCGCCGCCAGAGCACGAUUUCUGUUCUCAUCCUGAAGCAAAGUUCUUAACCCGAGGUACUAUUUCUGCGUUAGCGGAGUUUGUAACCUGAAGUGUAUGUAACUUGAGGUACCACUGUACUUGGUUACCACUCUUCCGGUGAUUCCAACUAAACAACAGGAAGAACUUUCUGAUGGCAAGAGCGGUUGACAGCGGGACAGGCUCGCUUGGAAAAUGGCGGACUCUCCUUCACGGGGGGUCUUUAAGCAGAGGUUAAUCUGUCAGGGAUCCUGUAGCUGUGAUCCCUGCAUUGCAGGGGGUUGGGCUAGAGGACCUUUGGGGGGGUCCCUCUCAACUCCAUGAUUUGACGAGGUCCCCAGUGGCAACUGGGCGCUCCUUUCCCCCUCCUGCCUAGGCGCCCCAGCCUCUGCCAAAUCCCGCCAGAUGCCCAUCCCAGGCUGGGACUUCUCCCUGGGCCUCUGGAAAGAGAGAGAGAAAAUGACAGAGUGCCAGCCAGUGGCUCCUCCCCGAGCCCAGGCGGCUUCUCUCUGAGGUGUGUUGGACGGGCUCCAGGAAAGCAUCGAAAGGCUCUUUAAUAAUAUCUGACGGCCGGGUAAGAAUUCGGGCAGGCGGCCAAAGCACACAGAGCUUGUAAUCGUUAACUCGGUCUGUAAACAGUUCAAAACGGCACUGCAGAGGCCAUCAGUUAUUACAUGAGCCAGGCGGCUUUUCAUCUCUCCCGCUCAGCCAGGCAGGCUCAUGGCUCCCCCCCCCUUUUCCUUUUUUGUUGCUCCUGCCUCCCUGCCGCAAUGGCUGUGGGACCUGCUAGCAGGGGUGGCGUGCAGCUCCCAAGUAGGCCCAGCCAGACAAAGGAGCUCCAACUCCAAACGGCUGACCUUCAAAGCUGCGCCGAGCCGAGGGCGAGUUCUGAACCCAGUGGCGGGCCUAGAGGAAGCAGGCAGGGCCCCUGGUGCUGAAUCAGGCCCUCAGGGUCCAUGUGGCUCAGUGUUGCCAGCACCAGCUGGCAGCAGCUCUCCAGGAUUUGAGAGGCAGGGUUCUCUCCCAUCCCUACAAUACCUGAAGUGAGCCAGUGUGGUUUUUGUGGUUAGAGGCUUGGACUAAGGCCCAGGAGAGACCAGGGUUCAAAUCCCCACUCGGCCAUGAAGCUCACUUCCUGAGAAGUUUGUUGUGGAGUGACAGAACCACAUAUGCCCCUUUGAGCUCCUUGGAGGAGAAGGUGGGGUAUAAACACAAUAAUUUUUUUUAAAAAAAGAUGCUGCCAGGGUUUGAACUGCAUGCCUUAAAUGGCUGCUGAGACUUAGCUCCAGCACCUAUUUUCAGUGAUUAUGUUCAAACCUGGAACUCAUUAUUCUUGUUAAUUCCAUCCAUUGUAUGCUAUUAUUGUUGUAGUUAUUGCUACCGUAAUCAUCCUGGAACUUGGUUACCGUAUUUUUUGCUCUAUAGGACACACCAGACCACAAGACGCACCUCAUUUUUGGAGGAGGAAAACAAGAAAAAAAAUAUUCUGAAUCUCAGAAGCCAGAACAGCAAGAGGGAUCGCUACGCAGUGAAAUCAGUGAUCCCUCUUGCUGUUCUGGCUUGUGGGAUAGCUGCGCAGCCUGCAUUCGCUCCAUAAGACGCACACACAUUUCCCCUUUUUAGAAGGGAAAAAGUGAGUCUUAUAGAGCAAAAGAUACGGUACUUUCCUGAUUAAUCCCCCCAAUGAAAUAUCCUAAAAAUUCGUACUAAGCUCAUUCCACAGGUUCAAGCAUUGCAAACAUUUCUGCUGGCCAGAUGGAAGGACUUCCCAUCUGCCCAUCCCCAAGUACUGUACACAGUUCUGGGGGUUCUCCUGACCACCACCCCGAGCUGAUUGGGGAAACCCCUUGCCCCAGUGGGGCUCGUUGCAUGGGCUUACGGUGCUCUCCCCAAUUUGCAAAAGGACCGGAGCCCCAAAAACCCUAUAGAGUUGAAAGAGGGAUUAAGAAAGAGCAUCACUUUUCUAACUUCCUCUUUCAGCCCUUAUGUACUUUUCCUCUUUCAACAAGCCUUUUUAAUGAGAGAUCUUUCCCAGUCCGCAUCUGUCCUGGGAUUGUUGUGAUAUGUCGCCAUUGCUUUAUCUUUUGUGUGUUUGCCAACCUAGGCUCCUUCUGGAGGAAAGGAGGGAUACAAAUUUUAAUAAUCAUUUUCUUGAAGGAAGAAAACGGGAACCACCUUCACCAUUUCAUCACCAAGGGGGAAGUGUGUAGAAGUGGGGGUGGGGACUCAGAGGCCUUGCAAACAUCAGGGAAAUACCUCAAGGAUGUCCUUGUGCCCAUGGGAGGCAGAGUGAGGACCCCUGCCUCAGACCCUGCCCAAUAACCUGCCCAAUACAGUGGUACCUCGGGUUACAUACGCUUCAGGUUACAUACGCUUCAGGUUACAGACUCUGCUAACCCAGAAAUAGUGCUUCAGGUUAAGAACUUUGCUUCAGGAUGAGAACAGAAAUUAUGCAGCAGUGGCGCAGCAGCAGCAAGAGGCCCCAUUAGCUAAAGUGGUACUUCAGGUUAAGAACAGUUUCAGGUUAAGUACGGACCUCCGGAACGAAUUAAGUACUUAACCCGAGGUACCACUGUAACAUGGCUCAGACUCUGCCUAAUAACCUGCCCAAUAGCUUGCCUCAGACCCUGCCUAAUAACCUAUGGUUAAAGCCUCCUUUUGCCAUCUUUCCUCCAUCUUUGGCAUUUUGAUGUCCUGAUUCUUUUCACUUACUGACACGUUACUGAUUGACCUCCCCGGCCCAAUCCUGUGGACAUCAGUGCCAAGGUGGCCGCUGAAAAUAUCAGAUGGAAUUUGUCCCCUCAUGGUACCACUGGAUUUUGAUUUUGACAUAAUUCCCCCGACCCGUUGUCCGGCCUCAAGCAUUCAACCUCCGUUUCCCCUCCGUGAAAAUGGGCACUCUCAGCUCCGAAGUGCAUUCUGUAUCUGGAAGGGUGAACCUCGAAAAACUCAGUCUCUGUGAGUUCUGAUGCAAUCUGACCAGAUUUGGACUAAUGUGAAAAUCGGGAUGUCAUUUCCUUUUCACACGCCUGCAAAUGUUGCAAUAAUAAUAGUAAUAAAAUUGCAUUUUUACUGUUAGCUGCUCUGGGUUCUCAUGAGUGUAUCUUGUAAUUACCUUUUCACACUUCUGCAAAUUUGGCAUUAUGAUUAUUAUUAGUAGGAAUAAUGCUGCACUUUUACUAUUAACCACUCUGGCCUCUCAUAAGCCGAAGGGAGAGGAAAAAUAAACUAUUCUAAUUCCUUUUACUCAGUCAGCCCUUCCUCUCAUGAGAGCCCAGGGCGGCUAGCAGUAAAAAAUGUGUCAUUAAAACAAAAGUAGAAUAUACAUUAAGAAUCUGCAUUGCAUUAUUCAAAUGGGUUAAUUCCUAUUAAGUCCAUGUGUGAAAAUGCUCUUUUAAAACACAUUUAAAGUGUGUAUGUUAGGUUGAAAUACAUUUAGGAAGGCAUAUACUGAGAUAAAAUACAUAAAUGUGGGUUGAAACACAUAUUUCAAUAUAGAUUUCUGUGCAGAUCUUUUUUUGUUAAAAUCAGAUUAAUGCAGAAAUGGAACAGGGGAGGGAGCAAUUUUUUUACGGACACAUGUAGAAAUGAGAGCCAGCGUGGCACAGUGGUUGGACCAGACCAGGGAGAGACCAGGGUUCGAAUCCCUUCCUCGGCCACAAAGCUCACUGGGUGACCUUGGAGGCCAGUCAGCCUACCUCACAGGGUUGUUGUGAGGCUAAACAUGAGGACGAGAACAUUGUUCACCACCUUAAUCUCAUCAGAGGCUUAUUGCAUAUAAAUAAAUAAAUGGAUACGAAGGAGUCCUGCUGGUUCAGGCCAAUGGCCCAUCUACCCCAGCAUCUUGCUGUUAUAGCUGGCAUCCCACUGAGGGGUGCCAACUUGCCCCCGCAUUGAGGGGGCACGGCAUCAUGUGACAGGUCUGCCCCCACCCACCGCACCAGCAAUCUCCCAACAACAGCAGGGGGUAGGGAACGUGGAGCGUGAUCUUCACCCUCCAUGCCACCCUUGCCUGGCGCAUGAGCGCUCUCCUGGCAGUGGCGGGGCAUGACAGCCCCCUCAAUAUUGGGGCAGGGAGCUCAACCCCCCUUGCUCACAAAUAUUGAGGGGGCUGAAGCCCCUUCCGCCCCCUAUAGUUGGCACCCCUGUGCCUGCCAGAUGUCUAUGGGAAACCUGCAAGCAGGAUUCGAGCAUCAGAGCCCUCUUCCAGCUACUGGCAUUCAGAAGCGUUGCUGCCUCUGACUGUGGAGCCAUCCAUAGCCUUCUCCUCCUGCCUUGGUGUUUACGCAGCCUGGGUCCAGCCCCUUCAUGUCGCAGAUUGCAUCCCCGCUGGGAGUGAAGAUAAGCUGUCCACUCGGAAGAGCUCCUCUAUAAAAGCUUGUGCCAGUUUCCCCUGAACCAACCAUGGAGUGAGGCGGGAGAGGAGAGUGGUGCUAUCAGGCUUCCAGUGGAAGAGAGAUAUCCCUUGAUCCUUUGCCAAGGUCCUGGAAGCAGGUGCGAGCUCACCUUUGGUCUAACAGACAAGGCAGCCCAGGAAAGCAGAUAUGAGGCAGAUGGCACCUGCCCCCAGCAUUCAUUCAUUCAUUCAUUGACAGUGUUUGUACCCAGCUCCUAAAAGUCUUCGAGAGCAACUGACGUACAAUAAAAACAAGAGAGUCCCUACUCUGCAGGCUUACAAUCUAAAAAAUAAAUAAAUACAUGGCACACGAAGGAAGAGCGACAAGGAGGGAAGAGGAAAAAUCAAAACUUGGGUACUGAUUUCUAAAUAGUUGCUAUAAUGUCUAGCUGGCACAGUUUGGGGGCCAGAAGGUGCCUGAUGGGAGCUGUGUCUCCAGCAAAGUAGAUGGAGUGGGUCUCGUUUCCCAUCUCUCCCACUGAGGUAGCAAGAUGGACUGACUUCCCCCAGGUGACAGGUGAGGGAGAGGAGGUCUGAUGAGACUGGCAUCUUCUGCAAAUAUUUGGGGCUUGGGGGGAGGUGACCGAUGGAGCACCCUUUCUCCCCACCCAUUUCUUCUUGGUUUUGUUUCCUUUCCGGACUCCGGAUACCCUAGUGAAGACAGAAUUGACUGAUUGAUGGAUUGCAUUGAUUGAUUGAUUGAUAGACUGGCUGUGGUGUUGGUUUUCUGGAUCCCUCCCCCACUAAGCAAAUUCAGGGAAUUUGUAUGGGGGGGGGGGGGAUUUCCCGUGCUCUAGCCAGCAAUCUAAAUUAGCGUGUUUAUUUUUCUUGCGUUUAGUAAACAAAGGGGGAACCUUUGAACGUGGCCACACUUGCCUCAGAUUGAAUUUGCAGCUGGCAUUUUGCAAAUGGUUGCUAAAGAACUUGUGAAAUGGAAAAUUUUCCGUGGAAAAAACAAAGGGCUGGGAAGAGGUUCCAUUUUGGAAAAGUUUCUGCCCGACAUCACUACAUUACUGGAUACCUGGGGCUUAUUCCACCCUGAAGGGGCUCGGCAACCGAUGUACAUACUGAACAUUUUGCAUUUCCAAACCACCACCCCCAAAACGAGUAGAAUUGUAAUGAUCAUAGGAGCAGAUCUCCCACCCCAAGUAGCCCACGCCCUAGAGAUCAGGGGGGCGGUUUUGGUGCAAUGGUACAACAUCUCAGCAGCCCUGGGUCUUCCGGACAGCAUGGAUUCUGGAUCCAGCUCUCCUUCCACAGGGCAAGUAAAUUACUUUCAGGGUUGUUGUUUUACAAUCAGUCUUAAAAUUUGUGAAAUAAAUAAGUAAGUGCACUUUGGGAUGAACUUGCAAGCCCUGAGGUGCUUAGUCAAAGCCAUCUCUGUCCAAGGAAGAAUGGGACAAGAAAUUCCAAAGUGUCCAUUAUGAGCACUUGGGAGAAACUUGCACAACCAAUGGCUUUGAGUUGCAAGAUAGGAGAUUCCAACUAAACAUCAGGAAGAACUUUUUGACAAUCAGAGCUGUUUGACAGUGGAAUGGACUCCCUUGGGAGGUUGCGGACACUCCUUCCUUAGAGGUUUCUAAGCAGAGGUUGGAUGGCCAUCUGUCAGGGGUGCUUUAGUUGCGAUUCCUGCAUUCCAAGGGGGUUGGACUAGAUGACCCUUGGUGUUAAUUCUACAAUUCUAUGAUUCUAACCUGAGGUGCUUAGUCAAAACCAUAACCAUGAGAUGAGGUCGUCCUUGUCAUCUGGGUGGGUGGGUGACUUGCAAACAGUUACCUCAUCCGCAGUAAGAAUUCUCUAUGUGGGCUCUGUCAAGAAAAUUCCCGUAAACUGGAUUAUUUUGUUCAUUUAUUUAAAAAUAUUUGUGUUCCGCCCUUCAUCCAUUACUAGGAUCAGUUAAACUGGAAGUGAGUUCACUCUUUUUCUCCCUCAGGCUUUUGAUGAUGACCAACUGUUACCAGAUGGUGUUUGGAUUCGCAGCAGCAAUUUCCCCCUAUAAGAGUGGUUUGGAUGCCCUGCCCUCAGAGGCAGAUGGAAACCAUAGAAUCAUAGAAUUGUAGGGGCCCCAGGGGAUACCCCUGCAAGGCAGAAAUUGCUACUAAAUAAUCCCUGGCAGAUAGCCAUGCAACUGCUUCAAAAUCUUCAAUGCAAGAGCGUCCGCCACAUUCUCAGGUAGCCCAUUCCACUGUCGAACGGCUCCUACCGUCAGAAAGAUCUUCCUGAUGUUUAGUCAGAAUCUCCCUUCUUGUCAUUUGAACCCAUUGGUUCAGGUCCUCCCCUCUGGAGCAGCGCGAAACAGCCUGCCUCCAUCUUCUGUGGGACAGCCAUUUUAAUAUUUGAAGAUGGCUAUCUUAUCAUAUCCAACCGAGCUGUUCCUGGGAGAAAGCUGAGGGUCGAGUCCUGGUUUCGCUAUGGAAUGGAGAGAUGAAACAGGCAGUCGAUAAAUUGCCUCUGAGCACCCUCUGCAGCGUGGUGAAAGCCCAAGUGGCAAAUUUGGUAUUAUGGAGAGCUCUGGGCGAUGAAGCAAAUGGCUCAAGUUGCGCUCCAAAGCUGACCGAACACAGAUUAGCACACAUAAACCGUGCCUGCCAUGUGAAAAUGGCUCAUUUCGUGGCUUGCACUGCAUCCUCUUGUAGCUGGCCAGCAGAGUUAUUUUGGACAGUCUUGAGGUUUACUGACUCCCACUGUGAGGGAGGGACCUCUGGAGCUUCCAAGGACCUGCUGUGACCAGCUAGCUAGGCAUUCCAGGGCUAAAGUAACUAAUCUUUGGAGCGACCUUGAGUCCUCAGUCAUUGCUUCCAGCACAUAGUGGAACGAUGGAGCAGUGGAACUCUCUCCUGCAGGUGGCAGUGAUGGCCACACACUUGGAUGGCUUUAAAAGAGGACUGGACAAAUUAAUGGAGGCUAUUGAUGGCUCUAAUGGCAGCAAUGCUCCUGAAUACCAGUUGCUGGGAGCCACAAGAGACUGGAUUAGUGCAAUCCACUCUAUGUGAGGCCUUCCUUGCGCGAUCUGGAAGCUGCAGUUAGUGCAGAAUGCUGCAGCACAAUUGCUGAAGAGACCGAGAUCCUAUCAGCAUAUAGCACCUCUCCUCAGAGAUCUGCCCUGGGUGCCUAUUUGCUAGUGGGUCAAGUUCAAGGUUUUACUCUUGGUAUGUAAAGUGCAUAACAACAUGGGACCAUUUUGCCUGUGAGAUUGUUUUACCCCAUAUACACCCAGUCGACCGCUUCAGUCUGCGGAACUGGCACUGCUGCUGGUGCCACAUAAUACCUUUGCAAGAAAUCCAUCUUUUAGUGUGGCAGCACUUAUACUUUGGAACUCCCUGCCUCUUGAUAUCAGGCAGAUGCUUUCAUUGUACUCUUUUUGGUGCCUGCUAAAAAACACUUUUGUUAGGGCAAGCCUACCCAGAUGUUUAGAAAGUUGAUGCAAGUUUUAAUCUGCUUUUUGUCUAUAAUUAUUUUAACUUUUUGCAAAUCUUAAUUUGUUAUUAAUUAUUCCCAUUGGUAAUUGUAUUGUUUUAUCUCUUUUGUAAACCACAGUGAGGGCUUUUUUCCAAUCAAGUGUAUAUUUUACGAAACAAAUAAAACAAGUCUAACUAGUGCCCUCCAGAUGUUGUUGUACUACAACUCCCAUCACCCCAUAUGCUUCACCAUGCUAGCUGCUGGAGCUUCUGGGAGUUGGAUUCUAGUCAUGCCAAGAAGGCUCUGGUAUAUAGCUAUGGUAGACAUUUUGACAAAGCUCUAGGUCAAGCCUGUUACAUUGUAUACUUAGUUGCCUUUGAAGUGUUGCUGCAUACCUCGUGGCUUCACCUAAUACUGCAAUGCAGUUUUCACUGCCGCAUCUCCAUGGUGAUUCCCCCUUCCUUUCUCUCUCCACAGUUCCACCCCCUGUCUCUGUGCAACACCAGCGAGGAUGAGCACACGGUCCCAGGAUUUGUCUCCAUUGUCAAACUGGAACGGCCUGAGCGAGAUCCCCACCCCUGCCUGUCCUUGGCCAACAAGGUAUGUGUGUGCAUGUCGUUGCAAUCAGAGCAGACCUGACAAUCUCCUUUCCUCCCACUUUGCAAAACUUUGUGAUCAGCUUCCCACACUCCUAUAUUGCCAAUCAGGAGCGCAGCAGCUCCAAUCUGCAUUCCAUUUCCAUCUGCUAAAUUUAUAUGCAUAGAUGGCUCUGGGUUAGUUAAGAGGGCAAAAGCCCAGGGUCCCUCCAGCACUGCCCUUUGUGGUAUAUCCUGCUUCCCUGUAAGCAAGGUAAAAUAGCUCUCCAAUUUUUCAUAGGCUCUGUGUCCUUGGGAUUUCCACUGCGAAAAGGCAGUGCAAUUUGCAGCAACAUCCCUGAUGGAGUCCCUGAUCGGUCCUUCGUUUCCAGUUCACUGCCAGUUGCUGGAAAUCGCAGGAUGGGAGAGAUGCUGCUGCUCCUGCACUCAGGUCCUGUUUGCGAGUUUCCCAUGGGUACCUGGGGGACCACCGUGAGAACAGGAUGUUGGGCUAGAUUGGCCCUUGGCCUGAUCCAACAGGCUUCCUAUGAACCUAAGGAACUCCCUCGCACUGGAGGCAGUGAUGGCUGCCACCUGGCAUGGCUUUCAAUGAGGACUGGACAAAUUCAUGGAGGGCAAUAAGGCUAUUGAUGGCUACGAUGGCUAUGCUCUGCCUCCAUGGUUGGAGGGAAUAAUGCUUCUGAAUGCCAGUUGCUGGAAGUUACAGAAAAGGAGAGUUGCUGUUGCACUCAGAUCCUUCUUGCGGGUUUGGCGGCCUAGAUGGGCCCCUUUGGCUCAGUCCAGCGGGCUCUUCUUGCAUUCAGUGGAACAAUCUCUUACGAACUUUGCACCUGCAAAAAGGCUCCGCGUAAUAUUCUACAGGAAUGCUGCCUCUUUCUUCUCCUGCUAAGCCCCAAGAGCGGAGCUUAGUGGAUCAAAGGGAAUGUGCUCACCAGCAAACCUCAUGCAAUUCGGCGCAGUUCCUCUGAAAGGCCUAUUCCCCUGCGUUUUGCAACACUGUGCAACAGCCCUUUCCCAGGCCCCCACUGCCUGCACAAGCAAGUGUAAGAGUUCCUCUCCUAUUAAACAGAGCACGGGUUCGAUCCUGUGGCCAGGAGGGGAAGCUGUGGGCAACCAGUUGUGCCCCCGGCAGCUUGAGAAGUGGGAGACCUGCUUUCAGCAGCAAGCUUGUUUCUUGGACGCCUGCAGGACCUCACCUGCCGGAAUCCGCGAAUCUGCAGCUGCAGGAUAGCUCAGCUCGAAGGUCUUGCCAGUUGCAAGCUGGCCAAAAGAUUUACCUGCACCGCCGGUGAUUCUUUAAGCGUUGCUGUAUGAAGACUCUGUUUGGGGCGAAGGCAAUUUGGAUGUAAGAGUGGAGAUGGGGAGUGGAGGUUUUGGAGAAGUGUUAAUCCACCCUUUGGGGGAUUUUUAGUUGCUGGUAGAAAAGUGCCGCGGUCAUGUGGGUCGCUUCAUGGCAACCUUGAGCCUUCCGUUGUUUUUUCAUGAGGGUGGUGUGGUUCUUUCUCCGAGGGUAACCCUGGAGCCCGAAAGUGCCGCCUCCACCUUUGAUCUCCCAGCUGGGAAACUCUGCUGCUGACCUCCGACCUCUUCGCUCGAGGCAGGCUCUGCAACUGCCAAGCCAGCUAGCUGGAGUUAUUCUGGCAGGUACCUGCUUGCACACGCACUCCAAGGAAGCCCAGAUCAAAGGCAGCCGGCAGAGGCAUGAGCUAAGAUCGUUCAGGCACUGCACUUUGCUAAUCAGACUUCCUCUCUUCCUUCCUAACCAGGCAGCAGUUAACUACUUCCAUGCCAGGAUCUGGGCGUGAGACUGUGUGGAGCUUAGAAAGGGUGAAGAGGGCUCUCUCUCUCUCUCUCUCUCUCUCUCUCUCUCUCUCACACACACACACACACACACACCCCAACCCUCCACUGGCUGAGAGAAAGCUUUCUGGACUAUGCAUCGUUCUGGCUGCCUCACUUCAAAGAGGAUAUGGCAGGGUUGGAAAAGGUUCUGGAAAGGGCCAGCAAAAAUGUUCCAGUGGAGAUGAGGGGAUGAGGAAUGGUUGCAGCAUUCAGGACUUUUUAGUUUAGGGAAAAGGAGAGCACGAAGUGGCGUGGCAGAAGCUUAUAAAAUGACGGGUGGCGUGGGGGAAAGAGGCCAGUCACUUUUUCUCAAACUAACCUACCUCACAGGGUUGUUGUUGUUGUGGGUAUUAAAUGAGAAAGGGGAGAACCAUGUAUAUACACCAAGUAAAUAAAUAAAUUGCCUGGAGUGGAUGGGCCCUCUUCUAGGUUGCUAUUUCUUUCCACAACACCCUGGGAGAGUCACCUGGACAGGCUGCAAAACCCAAUUCAUUGCAUUUUCAAAUUGCAUUCAGAUCUCGCCUUUUUCUCUCUCUGGAGCUCAAAGUGGAAUACAUUGUUCUCCCACCUCUUCCUUUAACACCUCCUCACAACAACCUUUUGAGGUAGGUCAGGGUGAGAAGCAGUGACCAGCUCCCAAAAUCACACGCAGUGAGCCGUCAGCUGGGUACAUGAUGGGAUUUGAACCCUGGUCUCUCCCAGGUCCUAACCACUGGCUGUUUCCUAACACUGGUAGCAGAAAAGUUUCUGGGAUACAAAUUGGGAGGCCCAUCUCGGCUUCAGAGUUCCCUGGGUUUGGGAAGAGAGAGGAGCUGUUGGGUUAGCUGCGGUGUGUGUCUAAUUGCAGGGAGGGCGUAAGCCAGGAGUGCCACCCGCCAGCCUCUCUCUCUGUCUCCCUCUCAGAUGGGUCUGGCACAGCCCAGGAGAGGCCCUCUCUCUCUGCCAGCAUUUCUUAGCAACAAGAUCUGGGCUGCUCAAUUCCUCCUCACCCUCCUUCCGAACCCCCACCCCUUUCCAUCUGCAGAAGAAUGUAGAUUACAGGCUGCCCUUUGCAUUAAAUUUCCCCGGCGGAGAGGAGGAGUUGCCACGUGUCGUUCCACGGAAGAGAAGGCCCAGUGCAAACCACCAGUUGUCAAGGCCUGGGAACGCUGUUCCUGAUCUGAAACCCCAUGCCCUUAAUCCCCCCCCCAAAAAGGAACAGCUCUGAGCCUUGCAGCAGCAUGGUCUCCAUCAGUACUCCUGAGCAUGCGCAGAGAGCAUCAGCUCUAGUAUCAGCACCGGGCACUUCCAUCAGGGCAGAGUAACUUUGAUGCUGGAUUUAAAUGUGUGUUUUCAUGCCUUUUAAACUACCGAUUCUACUGCUUCAUGUUUCGUAGUGAUGCCUCGGAAGUUUGCCAGCCGCCUCAAAUCCCAGUUUGGGAGACGAGUGGGCUAUAAAUGCAUUAAAUGUAUUUAUUAUUGCAUUUAUACCCCACCUUUUACACUCCAAGGCGCUCAAGGUGGCCUGCGCACUGUUCUCCCUCUUCCUCAUUUUAAUCUGCACAACAACCCUGUGAGGUUGGUUAGGCUGAGAGGCACCUAGCGAGCGCCACAUCUGAGCGGGGAUUCAAACCCUGCUCCCUCCAGCAUCGUGGCCUGACACUCUAACUACUACACCGCACCACUAUUAAGAACAACGAUAACCUGCCGUGUGUGCCCUGCCUCCGGUCAUGCCUCCCUAUGCCUUGAGACACGGCUCUGCUCCAGAGCCGACUUUUCUGGCCCCGGAGAUCCUAGAGUGAGCAAAAAAAGCCACGCGAGUGCCUCUGAGCACGUGCAGAGGUUCCCUUUGGUGGGCCCUGAGAAGGAGGCAUGAGGCGGAGUUGGGGAUCUGUGGCAGGCCUCUGUUUUGUUUGCUGCCUCCGUCUGAAGGCAGGUCUCCCGCCCCGGCUCCCUCUCCGCACCAGGGCUGGCGAGAGGCCCUGACGGAACAGCUCAGGCUGCCCCGGGCUGCGGCGAGGCUGGCCUACGCUUCCCAAUCCCCGGCUUUGAUGUGGAGCCAAGCGGGUGGUUUCUCUGGGGCCUGGCGGGGAUCCAGUGCCAAUGGGAGGCGGGGGAGGGAGGCAGGUGAGCUGGCUGGCCAGGGAGGGCGGAAGGGUACUUGAGGUAGGCCCGGGAGUGCCAGGCGUUUGCAGGGUGAGGGCGCUUUGCUCCACCAAAGGCAGGAGCAGCACAGAGCAGCCCUUUGUUCCUGCAGACAGGGCAGGGCAGGGAGGGGAGGGGAGGGGAGGGGAGGGGAGGGGGCCGGCUGGCCGGCUGGCUGGCAUCAACAGCCAUCCUUGGAACACUGUUGUCGUUGCCACACCUGGCUAGCCCUCAGCGAGGGGUGGCAGAGCUCUGGCCCACCAGGAGGCAGGGAAACGGGCACCGCUUUCUCCCUCUUGGGGUCUGCUUUGUGCAUUGCACAGAGAGAGACAGAGAAUGGUGGCUUUCUUGCCUUUCUCCUGCCAAAUGAGAACCGGAAAAUUGUAGAGUGCGAAGGGAUUCCCCCCAGGGUCAUCAAGCGCAACCCCCUGCAAGGAGAAAAUCACGGCAAAGGCUUUCUCUCUCUCAACCCAGGUUUGCUGGGUUCAGCUUUCUGCCCAGGGGGGUAACAGCUGGGGUGGGAGUCAAGUUCAACCCUUGACCCCACGGCUCUCUCUCUUUCCUAUUUGAACAUUUUAAAACCAUUGUCAUAAGAGAAUCGGUCAGAGAGGGGAAUAAAGGAAAAAUGGCCCUGCUAAUAAUGUAGAUUAUUAUCAUUCUACCCAAAAGCCCCACAAGAAUAAUAAACUGUGCCUUGAAGAAUGCAUCGUUGGGAAUAUGUUGAACAUUUUAAAACCAGCUAGCAUGGGGAGGCUUGUUCGCUAGCCCGUCCAGCAAUUCCGCAGUUGUAUUACGUAUAUGUAAAAGAAAGCAAAUGACUUUAUUAGCCUGGAAGAAUCAAAGAACCGACUUGCUGGGUUUCACCAAAGCCCAGUGUCUUGUUCCCAAGAAAGGACAGUAUCUGGGAAGCCCAUCAUGAGCAGGGCAGGGAGUCAAGAGCCCUCCAUGGUUAAAACCAUGCUCAAGGAGGCUUGCAACACAAAAAGCUUUCCAUGACUGCCAAAUUAUAACAAAAGUAGCCGCGGGCGAUAAAUAAAAGCACUUCAAAAUGUACGCGGCGAAAUUAAACCAUCCCCACAUAAGUCAAAAUGAGAUAUUAAAAUAAGAAGACCAAAACUUAAUAUCUGUAACAGCAAAAUCAACAUCUCCAAAAUUAGAUCUUGACCCCAACGGAAAAUAAAUCCUAGGCAAUACGCCGCUCCAAGAGUCUGCAGGCAUUCUGAGAGGCAGGUCUUGAAGGACUCUGAGCAAAGAUGGCGUCUUUCAGCCGGCCGGCAGCCCUCAGGCAUGCCAGGGGAUGCUGACCUGUUGCCGGCUGUCGGAGCCAGCCGUUACAAAUGGCGCAGUUUAGCAUAAAAUAAAGACACAGAGAGCCAGCAAUAUUUUCAGGAUGGUAUGAGCAGCUCCUUUCGAACUUCUCUUCUCUCCCGUAACUUUUAUUAUCCUUUGUUCUCUCCUCUCGCAUGGCCGUUUGCCAAUGUCUCACAUUACCUACAUCCGGUCAUGGCUUAAACCCACCCAUCAGCAAUAUAGGGUUAUUACUGCCCAGAGGGGGAACAUAACUCCAUAUAAGGCUAUGCACUUAAUACACUGCAAGGCACGGACAUGCAGGUCACUGAGGUCAGCGAGGCACCAGGUGGCGCUACAAGCCUUUUCAUGACUUCCUGGCUCCCACAUGCCCUCUUUCUUUAUUUUAUAUCAGAGUCAUAUAUAUCAGUACCAAUACGGUUAUAUCGAGCGCGAUAGGCGACUCUUGUGAGAACCAUGCAGUACAUAUAGAAAUUAAGGAAGGAAUACAUUGGAUACAGCAACACAAAAUAAUGCAAAUAACUACUAUAAUGAUCACUAAAAUCAAUAAAUGUCGAAGCCAACUUCCAUCCGGAAGCCAAGAAUAUAAGAAUUCUGAUUCCAAGCUGCAUGGUAGGCUUCCUUUCUAGUUUAUUAGCCAUGCACUGGUGUCACUCCUAUAGCACUGAGAUUGGUCACUGUAUGUUCCUGUAAGAGAACAAGAGCUAUUAAAAGUGAAAUUCAAUGUAUAUUGACAGUUUGGAUAUAUGCCCCAUGAUUCUUUCCCCUCUUUAAUUUGAAAAUAAAUGGGGGCAGGCUCAUGGAGGGUCAAUUGUACUGGAGGCCAAAAAGUUUGCUUAGGGGAUAUAAUAUUAGUAAAUUGAAAAGAUCCAUUGACAGGCACACCAUGAAGCAUUAUGCCGGAAUGACUGGCAAAAGGCGCCAUGUGCAUACACAGCCAACAUUUAGAAGCAUGCAAUAAACUGGUAAACAUAAUCAUAUCUUGUACAAAAAUAUUAUCCCUCCAUAUCUUAUGAUAAUUUUCUCCCCUAAAAGUCUUAUUCAACAAUACUGUUCUUCUAGUUCGAGAGUGGCUGAGCCGUGGAUACUGCCAGCCAGAGUAGGAAGCUGACAACAGCUGCUUGCCAGCCGAUGAGGUGAAAUAUGGUGGUUUCAACUGGACUGGGUCGUCUGCUUCUCUUCCUUGUAUAACGGUGCAGCAAAGGAUGGCAAGGCAAAUGGUUAGGAAGGCAAACACUGCCAGAUGCAGCUCGUGUGCAGCACCUCUAGGUGGCGCAUGCGGAAAGGUUUCAAUGCUUCACCCACAAAAUGUUGACAAAGUGUAGGGGAGUUCCGCAUGCCUUGAGGCAGGACAACCCACUGAUAUCGCUGGGUGGGCUGCGAAUUGUUAUAUACUGGCAAUGUAAAAGCAAACCGUUCCCUGUCUGCUGGAGCCAGUGGGAUGAAGAUGGUUCAAUGUGGCCGAAAGUCAAUUGUUCAGAAAUAAGCUGUUCAGAACCAAGCCUGUGCCACUGCUGCUGAUUUUUCUUUUGGUGGAGGCCACUGUUCUACCCACACUGGGGUAUCGGUGAUCCUGGUUUGCCACACUGGAAACAAGUUGUAUCGGUGGGUACAGGCUGGUUUUCAUUUAGCGCUGCUGCCAGCAGAUGAGCCUUGUGGGUGGCUGUACCUACAGACUGACAAAUGCGAAGCAUGGCUGCUGUGUCUGUGGCAGGAUUGUGUAUUAUCGGUCGCAAUGCAAGUUUACAAUCCUCAUUGGCAUUUUCAAAGGCCAAUUGUUUGAUAAUUAUUUGUUUGGCUUCAGGAUUUUCAAUUUGGCGACUCACUGCUGUAAGCAGCCUGUCCAUAAAGGAAGAAUAUGAUUCUCUUGCCUCUUGCCUGAUUGAACCCCACCUUGAUUGAAUACUGGGUUCUGGGAUUUUUCUCAUUGCUUGUUUAGCAGCAAGAGCAGUGUCCCUCAAUAAGAUUUGCAGCAGUGUGGCUUGCACUGAAGCUUGAGCGAAGGGACCACGCCCCAUCAUGGCAUCUAUGACGUCUGCGAGGGUAACAUUUGGAUUAUUUCCUCUGACUUGUUGUAACAAGGCUGGAGCAUAAGCACGGCAGGCAGUUUCCCAUUCGUGGGCAAACAAAACACCAGCUGAUGGGGGUAACACUGUAUGGGCCAAAAGCUUGAUGUCCUCUGGAACCAAGAGCUGGGCUAAUGUGGCUUCUAAAAGCGCCUGCGUAUAUGGGGCUUGGAGUCCAUUGGUCUUUACUGACACUUGCAGCUCUUUCAAGAUCUUAAAGUCAAAAGGUUGGUGUUGGGCUUGGGUGCCUGCCGGGGCACCAGCAGGGGGCACAAUAACAGGGAAUGCCAUAGUAUCCUGAAUUAAGGAACAGGCAAGGACUGCACGUUGAAAAGGGGUAGCUGGUUCUGCCGCUGAAAGAGCAGGAUCAUUGCCAGCCAGACCACGGUAUUUUUGCAGGAUUGGGUCCUCUGGUGAGGAACUGUAGUCCGGAGGUUUGGGGUCUGGGGCUGCUGGCAAGGCAAGUAUUGGAACAGACGCUAACACAGCAGGCUGGACUAAGGAAGCUGGAGGUUGUGUUGGCAAUGCAGCCAGGGAGAUAUUUUUUGGUGAUAAAGAGCCCAUGGCGUAACGAACCUUGCACCAUGCAUUUAGAAUCCGAAUACCAAUGCUGGGGUGCCCAUGAAAAUGUGCCCCAAUCUUGUCCCAAUGUUUCAAUUCCCAAGUCCCAUCUGCAGGAAACCAGGGGGAAUGCUCUUCGAUGGCCAGAAUGAGCUGUAUCAAAUCACCCUCCGGAACUUCCAAUUUGUUGGAGGAGAGGAGAAAUUUUAAGUCUUUUAAAAAUUUCUGUUGGGGAGUAGACAAAGAGCUGCCCAUUUUUCUAAAAUCAAGAUAAAAAAGGGAUCGAACUCACCAGGGAUCCGAAGAUGAUUAGCGCUUGAAACCCUUGCCAGGCGUGGUGAGCCGAUGAUAUCCGUUGCAUGGCUCGAAAAACCUCACAUGGUUUUCUUUUAAAAGCCUCAGAUGUAUUCUUUUAGUCAGCCUCAUACGGGGCACCACUUGUCGGAGCCAGCCGUCACGAAUGGCGCAGUUUAGCAUAAAAUAAAGACACAGAGAGCCAGGAAUAUUUUCAGGAUGGUAUGAGCAGCUCCUUUCGAACUUCUCUUCUCUCCCGUAACUUUUAUUAUCCUUUGUUCUCUCCUCUCGCAUGGCCGUUUGCCAAUGUCUCACAUUACCUACAUCCGGUCAUGGCUUAAACCCACCCAUCAGCCAUAUAGGGUUAUUACUGCCCAGAGGGGGAACAUAACUCCAUAUAAGGCUAUGCACUUAAUACACUGCAAGGCACGGACAUGCAGGUCACUGAGGUCAGCGAGGCACCAGGUGGCGCUACAAGCCUUUUUCAUGACUUCCUGGCUCCCACAGCCGGCACUGAAGGAAGAGGCAACUUGGAGUCUGGCUGGCUUCUGUUUGUGGAGUGCAGCUGGGAAUGCAGCUGCCUCAGGGGACAAAGUGUCUUGGGCUGGCCCAGAAGAGCAUUGUGGGUGGGAGGAAACGUCAGGCCCUUCAGGACUUUGUAUGCGGCCCUCAGGGAUCUCUCCAGGCCACACCCUUCUUGAGCGUUUUUGCCUGCCUGGGAUGUGUCCUUCAACUCUGGCUUGCUUGGAAGGAGGACACAGAGGGUGGGUGGGUGUGAGAGAGGAAAAACACACCUGCUGUACAAAAGUAAACUUCACAUUCGCUGCUCCACCCACGUUUGCCUCCGGCGCCAACCAUUCCUGGCAUGCGGCCCCCAUAAGGCUGCCAAGAAGGGAAUGUGGCCCUGGGGCUGGAAAUGCCCCCCCCCCUGCUGCUUGUGCUCAGGCCGUGAUACAGUUGCCCAGGGGACCACAACCGCUCAGCAGGCCACCUGCGCCCUCCCUGUGAGUCCUGCACUGCAGGGGGUUGGACUAGAUUCCCCUUUGGGCCCCUUCCAACUCUUCCCUUCUAUGAUUCCCUGAUUCCUCUUUGCUCUCUUUGCACAGGCCAAGCUGGCGGGAGAGAGAGGAGCUCGCGCCGUCCUCUUUGACAUCACGGAUGACCAAAGUGCUGUCGACCAGGUAAGGAGUCAGCUGUCUCCCUCUUUCUUUUUAAGUUGUCCCUCUCAUUUUUUACAAUUUUGCCAGGAGGCCAACAGCAGGCGGCGCCAGAGCCAAUGGCAGGCAGAGCCAACUAAGUCUAGUGUUGUCCCCAUCCUCCUCUCUGCUGAGAUCUACAAGGGGCAGCACUAAGACUAAGAAGGAGGAGGAUGAGAGGCUGGGUGAGGGCUGGAUGAGAGCUGACUAUCCUUUAAGAGCAGCUCCCUGUUCCCCUUGAUGAACCUUCCCUCACUGCUGCUCACCAAGGCAAAAGUCAAUGGAUUUUGGAUUUUGUGUUUGCAAAAUGUUCCUGUUGUUAAUCUUCUGUAAUAUUUAGGGCAGAUCCACACUAGCUACGUCCUGUAUAUUCAGCACAUGUUAAAGGCACAUGGCUUCCCACAAAGAAUCCUGGGAAAUGUAGUUUGCCUCUCACAGAGUUGGUGUUUUGCAGCAACCCUAAAAAAAAGUACAAUUCCCAGGACUGGUGGGGUGUCAUGUGCUUAAACCAUAGGAUUUCAGAGCUGGAAGCGACCCCGAUGAUCAUCUAGUCCAGGGUUAGCAAAUUUUUCAGCAGGGGGCCAGUCCACUGUCCCUGAGACCUUGUGGGGGGCCGGACUAUAUUUCGGGGGGGGGGGGGAUGAAUUCCUAUGCCCCACAAAUAACCCAGAGAUGCAUUUUAAAUAAAAGGACACAUUCUACUCAUGGAAAAACAUGCUGAUUCCCAGACCAUCCGCAGGCCGGAUUUAGAAGGCGGUUGGGCCGAAUCUAGCCCCUGGCCCUUAGUUUGCCUACCCAUGAUCCAAGCCCCUGCAAUGCAAGAAUACACAGCUCUCCCAUAUGCGGGUUGAACCUCCAACCUUGGCGUCAGCACACUCUACCACACUCCAACCAACUGAGCUAUCAACGUUGACACAAAAGAAGCCCCAACUUUUCAAACCAGUUGGCUUCACACAAGCUCUUUUGUUCCUGCCUUCAGACCUGGUAUCCUCCUUAGCUCGGGCAUUGCUCCUCCUUUGUGUCGCUGCAGUCUGCCUGUCCAGGUGGCCACUCACCUUCUCAGCUCCUUUGCUUCUGGGUCUCUUUGCCCUGAGAUUCUUUGUCCUUUCCCGUGACGGUGUGUGUGUUGAUUGCUAGACAUGCAAAUAGAUAUGAGAAGGAAUGGCAUGACAGCCCCUGAACAGAAAGUCGUAGAUCCCGUAAGCUAGGGAAAGCCAUGCUGUAGUUAUUAUCAGUGUAUUUAUUUAUAUAUUUAUUUAUUGCAUUUAUAUCGCACCUUUUCCUCCGUGAGUUCUCCUCAUGUAAUGCCCACAAGAACCCUGUGAGGUAGGUUAAGCUGAGAGGCAGUGACUGGCCCAAGGUCACCUAGUAAGCUUCAUGGCCAAGUGGGAAUUCGAACCCUGGCCUCCAAGAUCCUAGUCUGACACACUAACCACUACACCACACUGACUCCCAGUUCCUAAGGAGAGGGAGUGUUUCUCCUGGAUGAUGGAUGACUGGUUUGCCAAGCUCAGCCUUUUAAACUUCUGCUUGUGUGAGCAAUGAGGAUCCAGAGGAGAUGGUAGGCAGACCUGCCCAAAACAUUUCACUGCCCGAGGCACAGAAGUCCCUAUCCCCAGCUUUCUCACCCCCCAGGCAGGGAAAAUGUAAAUGAAACCACUGACUCUGUGCUGCCCCCACAUGGCAGUGCCCAAAUUCUUCCACCUGAGGCAAGCGGCCUCGUUUCAGCCUGGUGUUUUGGCCUGGCGUUUUCCUGUAAUGAAACCUGGCGGUGUGUGGGAAGCACAAUCUCCAGCUCUGCAAGAAGUGCCGGGGUUCAAAUAUCCUCAGGUAACCAUCAGGGAAUCUCCACUCCAGAUCCAGAUUGCAUGGAAAAUUCGAGACACACACACACACAGAGAGAGAAACCUAACUGCUUCACUCAACACUUAGUUAACUUGUGGAACUCCCUGCCACAGGAGGCAGUGAUGGCCACCAACUUGGAUGGCUUUCAAAAACUGGACAAGUUUAUGGAAGAGGAGAGGACUAUUGGUGGCUACUAGCCAUAAUGGCUCUGUUCUGCCUCCGUAGUCUGAGGCAGCAAUGCUUCUGAAUGUCAGUUGCUGGAAACCGCAGGAGGAGGAGAGAGGGCUCUUGUGCUCGGAUCCUGCUUGCUAGUUUCCCAGAAGAUGCGUCUGGUUCACUGCUGUGAGAACAGGAUGCUGGGCUAGAUGGGACCCCACUUGGCCUGAUCCAGCAGGCUCUUCUUAUGUUCUUAAUUCUUGGCCUCAGGCAUCAAAAUACAUUGAGCCAUCCAUGGCCGCUGUUCUCCUCACAAAAAACUCCUAGGUUACCCAUGCAAGCAUUUUUUUGCUGGGUUGGGCAAGGCCACAGCAUAGCUUCGAAUCUCAAACCCAGGCCUUGGCUGGGCUGUUGGUUGGAUGGGAUUCCUGGAGUUCUCCUCAAGCCUAUCAACUGGGGUGUGGAGUGGGGUCCCCAGCGCCCAACACAUCGAUCCGUGGCAUCUGGUGACAUGCAGCUCUCACCUCAAAAGGUUGUCUCUCCACAGCUGAGAAAUCCGCGAGGGCUCAGUCACCCCGUUGUUUUGAUUUGGGGCCACGACGCCGAGCUGCUGAUGGGCGUGGUGAACAACAACCGAGAAGCCCACGUGAAGAUUGAGGUGAAGGAGAUGGCGGCCUGGGUGAGUUCUUACUUAGCCCCACUGCUGCGCCUCUCUCGACCCCUCUCUGUGCUGGGCCAAAACCAGCCUUGCAAGAAGUGGCGCCCUCUUGUGGGCUCCAGGUGCAUGAGAGUUCCAAAGCUUGGGUGCAGCCACCGAGAAGGCCCUCUCCCGCUUCCCCACCAAGUGGGCUUGUGAGGGUGGCAGGAUCAAAAGAAGAGCGUCCGCCGAAGAUCCCAGAGCCUGGGCCUGUUUGUAUGGGAGAAGACAGUCCUUCAGAUAGCCUGGAGCUAAACCAGGUAGGGCUUAUCUAACCUCUUCUCUCUCCAACAGCCCGACUAUGAUGUCUGGAUACUCCUCACCGUCAUGAGCACCGUUCUGGUGAUCGUUUUAAUCUUCAUUGUCCGUACUCGUUGUCAGCCAAGCAGGGAUCGGGUAAGAGCCCUCGGACAGAUGCCAGUCCUAUUCUGGACACCCCAAACCGCUUCUCAAGAGCCCCUAUCUAUCUGUGCCAAUAUCCUUCAUGCCUUGCUCAGAUCAGUGACUGGUAGAGUCCCAGACCCACCUGCCCGCCUGCUGUUGAAAUAGGUAUCUGUUUGUCCGGGCUUUUGAGACAUGAAUGUUUACUGAAAUUUCUGCAGCUGGUAUUGCUUUGUAUUUUUGAUUUUAGAAAUGCAUUUUUAAAGGUUUUAUUUUAAUACUGUUCCCUGCUCGGAGCUCCCAUGGGAGGAAGGGCAGUAAAGAAAUGGAAUCAGUCAAUCAAUCAGCAUAUUUUCAACAAGGCAAGAGUCAAUGAAUAGGGGAUUUUGGGUUUGCAAAAUGUUCCUGUUGUUAAUCUUCUGUAUUAUUUAGGGCAGAUCCACACUAGCUGUGUGCUGUAUAUUCAACACACAUUUAAAGCACAUGACUUCCCCCAAAGAAUCCUGGGAAAUGUAGUUUGCCUUUCACAGAGUUGGUGUUUUGCAGCAACCCUUAAAAAAACGAAGUACAAUUCCCAGGACUGCUGGGGUGUCAUGUGCUUAAAAUGUGCAGUGGUCCUAUUAGUAUAAUAUAGAUGCUAUUUGUAUAUAUUGGAGUCAUGUAGCUUGCUGUUGCAAGACUCCUGGAGUAUGUAUCUUUGACCCGAAACAAGAACAUGCACAUAUAUUUCUGCAAACCUCAUCAGCGAACAGGACAGAAACUGAUGUUGUCAUUCUGCCUGUACAGUGGUACCUCGGGUUACAUACGCUUCAGGUUACAUAUGCUUCAGGUUACAGACUCCGCUAACCCAGAAAUAGUACCUCAGGUUAAGAACUUUGCUUCAGGAUGAGAACAGAAAUCGUGCUCCGGCGGUGCAACGGCAGCAGGAGGCCCCAUUAGCUAAAGUGGCACUUCAGGUUAAGAACAGUUUCAGGUUAAGAAUGGACCUCUGGAACAAAUUAAGUACUUAACCCGAGGUACCACUGUACCAGGGAUGGCAAACCAUUGGGCCCUAGAGAUGCCACUGGACUCCCAUUAUCCUCCGCUGAGGACCAGCCAGGCUGGCCACUGGGAAUUAGCAUCCAACAACAUCUGGACAGCAACAGCUACCCCUUCCCUGUUACGAACCACCAUCUCCUAGCCUGCUGCCAUAUGUCAUGGCACCAGCUUGUCAGAGAGGGCACCCUCCAGAUUCUUCCAGUAUGUCAUUGUUGUUGGCUCCUAGUAAAAGGUGACUUAUUAGCGAUUUGAGCAGUAGGUUGGUGUUAUCUCCCCUAACAAGAUUGUGCUGAGCCAGCUCUUGUAGAAUCAUAGGUCCUUUCGGUUGGACGGGUCAUUUAGCCCACUUCCUGCAAUGCAGGAAUCCCAGCUCAAGAAUCUCUGGCAGAUAGCCAUCCAACCUCUGUUUAAAAACCUCGGUGGGAGGAGGUUCUUGGUGGUUUGUCUUGCAAUUACUUGGAUUUCAACAAAUACCUCCAGAACUGAGCCACUUUCCCGCCUGUCCACCAUGUAGAGUCAUAAAAUAGUAGAGUUGGAAGGAAUCCUGAGGACUGACUAGUCUGAUUCCCUGCGUAUGUUGGCUCCCUUCCAUUUCCGCUCCCUCAACUGUCCGAUUUGCCCCCGCAGACUAACGCGCAGGAAGAGACCCUGCAAGCCAUCAACCAGCUGGCCACGCGGAGGUAUCAAGCCCGCUGCCGGCAAGCCCCCACGGGGGACUCUGUCAGCACCUGCAGCUCGGCCCCCGUCUGCGCCAUCUGCCUGGAGGAGUUCGCUGAGGGCCAGGUAAAAUAUACAUUUUUUUAAAAACCAGAAGCAUUUUUACUUGGUAUUAUAGGUCAGGACAUUAAUAGGCAAGAUGUUAAACUGUUUUUAUAUGCAACAAUUGCGGCAAGAAUAUUGCUAGCCCAGAAAUGGAAACAAAAAGAAAUUCCGAAGAAAGAAGAAUGGCAGACGAAAUUAAUGGACUACGUAGAAUUAGAUAAAAUGACAGGAAGGAUUCGAAACCUGUGAGACCAGAGGUUUACAGAAGAUUGGAAGAAGUAUAUGAAUUAUUUGAAGAGCAACUGUAAUCAACAAAUUACGCUAGUAGGACUACAAUAAGUUUGUAAGGAGAAAUAUACGAAGUAUUACAAAGUAGAAAAAGAUAGAGAGAUUGGUUAUGAGUUUGAAAUGUAAUAGGGAAGAUAAGAAAUGCAUUCUGAGAGAUUAGAUUGGAAAAUUUUCAGACAGGAUUGAUGGAAGUCAAAGAUUUGAAUAAGAUGUAAAAGUAUGUUUAAUUACUGUUGAAAAUGAUAUGUUUAUAUAUAUAUAUAUAUAUAUAUAUAUAUAUAUAUAUAUAUAUAUAACACCGACCCUUCCGCACUCUGUGGGAUCAAUGGCCCUGGUGGGUUCUCGCAAAUGAGCUUUUCCACGGGGAAGAUGAGGUCCCAGUCAUCUCCUUGGGGAGAGACCCAGUUUAAGCAGUUUGCAGUGGUGGCGCCCGACUCAGGUGGCUUUAAAAAGGGAUUUGGCAAAUUCUUGGAGGAGAGGGCUAUCGCUGACUACCAGCCAUGAUGGCUAUGCUCUACCCUCUAUGGCCGGAGCAGUUAUGCUUCAGAAUACAGAUUGCUGGCGACAUGGUAGGGGAGAGAGUUCUGUCGUGCUGGAAUUCAGCUUGCUGGUUCCCCAUGGUUGGCUACUGUGAGAACAGAAUGCUAGACUAGACGGGCCAUUGGCCUGAUCCGGGAGGCUCUUCCUAGGUUCUUGUGUGAGGUUUCUGAUCAUCACUACCCAGGCAAGGCUAUCACUUCUCCAGAAAGUGUGCCAGUGAGAUGUGCCACUGGAAACCAGGCAGUUGUACAGCCCAGAACAACUGGUACCGCAUUUCCCCUUGAGCUGGCAGCAUUUCCCCACUCUCCCACUGACCUCCCUUUCUUUGCAGGAACUCCGCAUCAUCACCUGCUUCCAUGAGUUCCACCGGCACUGCGUUGACCGCUGGCUCCUCGAGCGCCAAACGUGUCCACUGUGCAUGUUCAACAUCAUUGGUAAGAAGGGGCAGGGGAUAUGCAACCUCUGUGAUGUAAGAGUGGUGACGUAAGAGUACAGGAGGACACUUGCCUGAUCAGGCCAAAGGUCCAAGCAGCCCAGCAUGCUGCGGUUGACCAGAGGUGUCUGGGAAGACCAAAAGGAAAGCAGGAGGCAAGAGCCAACACUGGCCCACUAAUGCUCCCCAACAAGUGGUAUUCAGAGGUAUACUGCCUCUGAAAACAGAGGUUCUAGUUUUGCCCAGUGAGCCCUUUCAAAGCAGUAUCAGCAGAUGUCUCAGCCAUUGGUUCAGCCACAGAGACAAGGUCUCAGCCAUUGGUUCAGCCACAGAGACAAGGUCUCAGCCAUUGGUUCAGCCAUAGACACACAGAGAAACAUACAUUGCCCCCAAAAUGAUCAAAGGAGUGCAGCAAUUCCCCUAUGAGGAAAGGUUGCAGUAUUUUGGACUUUUCCAUCUAGAGAAAAGGCAAGUAAGCGGAGACUUGAUAUAAUUUUGUAAAAUUAUGCAUGACAUAGAGAAAGCAGGUGGCGGAAAGUUUUUCUCCCUCUCUCAUCGUACCAGAACUCGGGGACAUGCAAUGAAGCUGAAUGUUAGAACAUUCAGGACAGAUAAAAGAAAGCGGGGGACUUGGAUGGCCUUAAAGGGGAUUGGACAAAUAUUUGGCGGAGAAGGCUUUUGGUGGCUACGAGCCAUGAUGGUUAUGUUCCGCCUCCACGGCUGGAGACAGUAAUGCUUCUAAACAUCAGUUGCUGGAAACCACAUUAAGGGAGAAUGCUCUUGUGCUCAAAUCCUGCUUGCUGGUUUCCCAGAAGAGGCAUUUGGUUGGCCACUGUGAGAACAAGAUGCUGGGCUAAAUGGGCCAUUGGCCUGAUCCAGCAGGCUCUUCUUAUGUCCCUAGGCUGGAAAUGGGGUGUUGAUUUGUCAGGCUGGUUUAUGCCCAUAACAUGGCUUUUCUUCUUAAGGCUAUGUUUCACUGGUCUGUCUCCAUGGGGAGAAACUGACCUUUCCAUGCAGCCAGGGUGAAGUGUAUCAGCUGUUCCCAGUAUAUCCUGGGGACUGGAAUGUAUCAUGGGGGGCGGAGGAGUUAACUAGCGGUGAUGUCCCCUCCCUUGGUUACAGAUUCCCAUGGAAUCACUUCAAGAAAAUUUGCCAUGGUAAAACCUCAAAUUCCCAGUGGGUGAGUGGGUGGAAAUUCUUCUUGGUCUGAGCACAGAGCACAUCCCUUCCCUUAAAUGAGAGUCACACAGACAUAUCUAAAGAUAACAGCCCCAGAAGCAAAUACAGCUAUGCAGAAGAUAUUAUUAUUGUUGUUGUUAUUAUCUGCGGACUGUUGUUGUUAUCUGCCUGCGGACUGUCUCGCCAGAGUGGUGCAUGCUCUGGUUAUCUCCCGCUUGGACUACUGCAAUGCACUCUACGUGGGGCUACCUUUGAAGGUGACUCGGAAACUACAACUAAUCCAGAAUGCGGCAGCUAGACUGGUGACUGGGGCGGCCGCCGAGACCAUAUAACACCGGUCUUGAAAGACCUACAUUGGCUCCCAGUACGUUUCCGAGCACAAUUCAAAGUGUUGGUGCUGACCUUUAAAGCCCUAAACGGCCUCGGUCCAGUAUACCUGAAGGAGCGUCUCCACCCCCAUCGUUCUACCCGGACGCUGAGGUCCAGCGCCGAGGGCCUUCUGGCGGUUCCCUCAUUGCGAGAAGCAAAGCUACAGGGAACCAGGCAGAGGGCCUUCUCGGUAGUGGCGCCCGCCCUGUGGAACGCCCUUCCAGCAGAUGUCAAAGCGAUAAACAUCUACCUGACAUUCAGAAGACAUCUUAAGGCAGCCCUGUUCAGGGAAGUUUUUAACGUGUGAUAUUUUACUGUAUUUUUGGUUUCUAUGGAAGCCGCCCAGAGUGGCUGGGGAGGCCCAGCCAGAUGGGCGGGGUAUAAAUAAUAAAUUAUUAUUAUUAUUAUUAUUAUUAUUAUUAUUAUUAUUAUUGCUGCGGCAACUCAAAACAACUUACAAAAAAGCAUACAUGCAUUAAAACCAGGGAGGUGGAAAUACUUACAUCCCACCCUCUCUAAAAGGUCAUAGAUAGUUAAAAGUAAAAGGGCUGGUUAAAAAGGAAUGUUUUUGCCUGACGCCUGAAGAUAUGUAAUGAUAGUGCCAGGUGAGCCUCUCUUGGACAGCAUUUUAUAAACGGGGAACCACCACCGAAAAGGCCCCAUUCUUGUUUUGCAUCCUCCAGAACUCCCAUGGAAGGGGCACAUUAAGAAAGGCCUCAGAUGAUGAUCUCAUGGUCUGGGUAGGUUCAUAUGGAUAGAGGCAGAGAAGGAAGUUUAUAUAUACGUGUAUGUAUUUUUACAUGUAUGAGCCUACUUUUCCUUCAGUUAGCUCAAAGCUCCCCACUUCGUCCUCACAAGAACCCUGUGGGGUAGGUUAAGCUGAUAGAGAAUGAGUGGCCCCAAGGUCACCAAGCUGAGCUUCACGGCAAAUCAGGGAUUUGAAUCCUGGUCUCCAAGGCUCUACGAUAAAAACCAUUUCCAUGAUUCAAACCAUGCUGAAAGUGGCUUACACCAUAAAAAAGCACAUAAUUACAAACAUAACAAAAGUAGUCACAAACAAUAAAUCAAACAUCAAAAAGUACACCACCAAAUUAAACAAUUUCCACAGAAAUCAUAAGAUCUAAAGUAAACAUUCAAAAAAAUGAUAUCGAGAACAGCAACAACACACACACACCGGCAACGAAAACCCCUAAACACCUCCCCAGCCCUUGCUUGUGAAGAAAUCCCAUUAGAGCAGGGAUGGGGAACAUGCAGUCCUUUGAAUGUUGUCGUGUUCACAUGUAUUCACUCCUGUGAACCCCAACCAGGGAUGGUGGAAGCUGGAGCCCAACAACAUCCGGGGAAUCGCAGUUUUCCCCAUGACUGCCAUACAGCAAUAUGGGAACUGGGUAGACAGUGCACACUUCCUGUAUUCCUGCCCAGCCCUUCCCCUUCUGCCUGGCCAUGGGAUGGCCUAACUGCUGCAGCGUAUCGGAGGCAUUCCCUGUGGGUAUAUAAGGGCUUGAUGGCCAGGCACCUGGGGAGAAGGAGAUGGAGAAGUGAGGAGAAUAAUAAUAAUAAUAAUAAUAAUAAUAAUAAUAAUAAUAAUAAUUUAUUUAUACCCCGCCCAUCUGGCUGGGUUUUCCCAGCCACUCUGGGCGGCUUCCAGCAAAACACUAAAAUACAAUAACCUAUUAAACAUUAAAAGCUUCCCUAAACAGGGCUGCCUUGAGAUGUUUUCUAAAAGUUUGGUAGUUAUUUUUCUUUUUGACAUCUGGUGGGAGGGCGUUCCACAGAGAGGGUGCCACUACCGAGAAGACCCUCUGCCUGCUUCCCUGUAACUUGGCUUCUCGCGGUGAGGGAACCGCCAGAAGGCCCUCGGCGCUAGACCUCAGUGUCCGGGUAGAACGAUGGGGGUGGAGACGCUCCUUCAGAUAUACUGGACCGAGGCUGUUUAGGGCUUUAAAGGUCAGCACCAACACUUUGAAUUGUGCUCGGAAACGUACUGGGAGCCAGUGUAGGUCUGCCUGGUAUCACUUCUUUCCUGGGGGAAGGAACUUCUUGAUGGGAUUACCCAGUUGUAGGGAGAGGGUUUGUUGGCGCUUAGAAUCGCUGAUUGGAGUGGUUUCCUUCUCUCCCUCCCUAGACCGGGAUCCUUCCGCCUUGCCCAGGCAUUCCCACGAGGACCCCCAUAACUCAGGACCAGGGCAGAGGCCCCGCUUCUUCCGGCAACACCCUGGGCGUGCCUUGUACCACUUCCCGCGGACGGUCCCUCAAAUGCCCCCUGGAAGCUGCUCUUCGACGCUCCCCCACGGACACCCUUUCUUCCACUCCCCGGAGCUCUCCCAGCUGGAUUUGGGGACCAUGCAUUACUUGCCCUAUCGGCCGGUGGGCUUUGAGCCUCCUUGGCGUAGCCGCCAGCCCUCCCUCACCCGAGGCCUGCUGGUUCCUCAGCGCCAGGACUCUCUGGGCUGUGAGCCGGGCCUGCCCUCCCGCCGGACCUGCCUGCUGCAGCACCAGCCUUCCUGCCGAGGCCUCCGGGGGCCCCUCGUGGCCAAAGCGAGCCGUGCCAUUCCUCCGCACCGGGGUAUCCGCCACGGGCGGCAUCAUCACCACCACAGCAGUGGCUCUGGGGAGAGUUACCUCACGGAGCCCAGUGGCUACCUCCCUGACGGACCCGGGAGUGACUCCAGCUCAGGUCCUUGCCAUGGAUCCUCCAGCGAUUCCAUGCUGAACUGCACGGACGUCAGCCUCCAGGCCAUCCACGGAAGCUGCUCCACUUUCCGCAGCUCCCUGAGCAGCGAUUACGACCCAUUCGCCUUCUGUGGCUCUGAGAAGUCGGCCGCAGAAAGCUGCCCCGUGCCCUCACCGUCGUGGAGGGACCCACGGCCUCCGCCGGCGGACUCGGUGGCAGCAGGCCGGCCGCCGGUGGCCAGUAGCCAUGUCCAUUACCACCACCACCUCCACAGGCACCACCAUUAUGGACGCUGCCCCCCAGACUGUGCCAAUGGCCAAGAACCCGGUUCGCGGAAGGCAAAACCUCCAAGGGCCAAGACAGGAUCUCAUGGCGCCCAGGCGCAAAAACGGACAGAGAAAAUGCCUUCGCCAGAAGGUGGGUCUGCUUCCCUGGAGGCCUCUUCAGCCAGACAGCCCACUUGCUUGCCGCAAGGACAGCCAGAGUUUUCCACAGCAGACAGGUCAAACCUCAAAGCGGCAGACAGUGGUGCCGUUGGGCCAUGGACGUCUCAGAAACGCUGUUUGCAAAUCCAUCCCAGUAGAAGGAGAUGGAAAUGCCCCCUCAAGGCUUCCCCAUCCUCUUUGCCCGAAGACGCAAAUCUGCCCCCUGUCUGCAGCGUUCCCCACCCUCCUGGUCCUGCUUCUGGAAGCUGCUCCUCCUCUGCAGAGGUCCAGCCUCUCUUAGAAACUGGUCCCUCCGGGCAUCAUUCUGCAACCUCGUCACACUCGGCCACGGAGCCUCAGGAGCAGGCGGACAGGCUGGAAUGCAAGGCCAUGUGUCCUGGGGAAUAUCCGAGGCUGGACACCAUGGGAAAUGAUGCCAGCUUUUACCUCAGCCGCCAAAUUCUGCAAGAGCUUCAGGGUAAGUCUCAGGUCUGAGGGCUGGGCUGGGGAACCUUUUGGACUCCAACUUCCAUCAGCCCUAGCCAGCACAGACAUCGGUCAGGAAUGAUGGGAGUUGGAGUCCAGCAAUGUCUGGAGGGGCACAGGUUUGCUAUCCCUCCUCUGUAAUCUUGUCUUCCAUCAGCAGUUGUAAACUUGACCCAACAUAAAACUGGUUUAGGGCCUCAAAUUUCUUCCCUGCAUAGCUUAUUGGGUGAUAAGAGGAGGCAUUCUUAGUAGUUUCUCCACUCUCAGAAGCUUUGGGGGAGGGAGGUAUGGUGACCCUAGAGAGGGCAUUCUCUGGGGCAACCCCUAAGUUGUGGAAUUCCCUCCCCACAGAGGUGUGUCUGCUACCUUUACUAUGCAGUUUCUGCCAGGUGCUGAAGGUGCACCUCUUUACCUUGGCCUUUGAACACCUGAGAAGUAUAUAUUAAAAGCACUCUUAUCUUUAUUGUAAUCUCAUUUUAACUGUAUUAAUAUUGUUGAAAUCUGCCCUGGGACCUCAUGCUGGAGGGUGGCUAAGAAAUAAUAAUUAAAAAAAAAAUCACCAUCACCACCAUCUAGCAUACAAAUUGAGCAAAUUCAGUGAAGAUGAUAGCAUCACAGUACAACAAUGAAAAUCGAUCCAUCAAAGAUAAACAACGUGGCACAUUCUUGUCUGGUUGCUCACCUUAAUUUUCUAAUUGCAGGGUCUAAAGACGAUAUCCCAGAUGUUUAUGAACAUUCGGUUUGACACGAGGUGAACUUAUUUGCUGUGUUAGGCAGCUGCAGAGAAUUCAAAAAACGGCGCAGAAACUCAGUGAAGAGAAUGGACUUUCUGACUUGCCUUUCCUGCCCGCGGUGUGGUUAUCAGUCAUAAGAAGCUCCUUGUCCACGCAGCCCCUGCUUCACCCACCGUUAAUAUCAUGGUUAUGCAGCUUACUCCCUGCCUGCCUAACCUGUAUGCAACAUUUGACAAACAUAAGCUGCCAAGGUCACUUGCCUGUUUUCAAAAAAGCUGCCAUCUUCUGGGGUAGGAGGAGACUUGGUCCUUUUGUUCCUGGUGUCAGGAGGAGCCAAAUCCUUCUGAAGUUCAAGGGCGGAGAAAAAAACAAGGUGUGUCUGUCCCCCCCCCCACUCUGCAGCUCUUUGCAAGUUUGGUAAUCUGUGUACUGCUGAAUACCAAAACGAAAACCCCAGGUAAAUACACACCCCACACAAAUCAGGCAUGAUGCAGUGCAGUUUUGAGGUCAUGCAGAGAGAUCAGCCCAUCCUGGUCCCUCUUUCUGCCAUCCUGUGUGGGAUGGGGCACCCAAUGAGGUUUUGGUUCAAAGCAAAUGUAAUUUGUAAGGAUCAAGCACAUAAUCCCCUCUCACCAACCUGGCUAAGCUCCUGCUCCUGUCCACUUGGGAAUGUUCUUCAUCUUUUCAGUUUUGCACCAAAUCAGAUGCAUGGGAGAAACUCACACAAGCUGCCCUGCCAACACUCUGGAAAGUGCAAUGGUGGCACAGGAGAAUUUCAAACCUGCAUUACACUUUUGAAUUAUGUGGGCCUCUCAUCAGCCUCAUUGUGGCUGAGCCAGCCUCUGCUCAGAGCUUAAUUGAGCUGCAAAUACCAGAUGCACUAACUGAGCGUCAGCUUUAGGGAGGCUGGAUCCAUAUACCGCUCAGAGCUUGAGCCACAGGUACCCGGACGCUUCCUAGCUGACUUUGCAGAUGCCCCAAGAUUUCAGUUCUUCACAGGGUAGUCCCACACCAAAGAUUUAAAUCCUGUUAAUUUUGCCCUCCUACCAAAAUAUUAUGCAAGCUCCCUCUUAUACUAUUUCCCUGAGGGAGGAGCUUUUAUUUCUUGAUGUCCAAGCACACACUGGUGAAAAAUCCAAUCCACUGCAGAGUAUAUUCUGCUUUAACUGAGGAAGAUAAGGAGUUGAACUUGGUAGUUAGAGCAAAAGUUUGCAUGUUUAUAUUUUUUGCAUGAGGACUUAUUGCAGCUACGAGGGAAUACAAGCUGGUAUUUAGCAAGCAGUAACACAUCCCCAUGCAAACAGCUGCUUGGCUGGAAGACUUUCAUCUCGACACAACCUGCUUACUCAGUGGCACAAAAAUGCUGUGGUAUUUUACCAGUUCAUAAAUGAUUGUCUGUGUUCACGCAGAAUGUUUGGGAAUGUGGACAACAUUGUUAUAAAUAAUCUCAUGUGUGGCAAAAAGAGGCACAGCCAUGGGUUUUUCGUCACUGAGAAAUGAAACCUGAAGGGUAAUAUAUCUGUGGUCACACCUCAGGGCAUGUCCACACUACAGAAUUAAACCAGUUUAACAGUUACUAACACUGUGGACUGUGAUUCUGCAAUUUUGCUUGCUGGAUUCUCUGGAGUCUUUGUUCCUGAGAUGCAUUUAAAAGCAUCAUCUCGUGGAAUAAGGGCUUGAGUUGCUUUUGGCAGAGGGCAUCUGAAUUUCUUGGCUAGGAGACAAGAAGAGGGUGGCCUGAUCAACAUUUCAAAAACAAAGGAGCACCCUAGAGCAACAGGGCAUGUGGUCUAUGGAUCAAUCACUGCCUUCAUAGUGAAGUUAUUUGAAAAUCGUUGCCAACCUGGUGCCCUCCAGCUGUGGCUGAUGGGAGCCAUGGUCCAGAACAUCUACAGAGGGUGCCAGGUUGGCAAAGCCCGUUCUAUGGGGUGGCUUCCAUUUUUGCCAUGCUAGGAGUACCUGUUGAAUGGAGCACAAUUUAUCUCACGUGUAAGAGGGAAGUUAAAAUGAGUACAUCUUUCCUUUCCAUUCUGUUAGGGUUGCUCUGAUACUGGAAAAUAUCUUCCGAGCCAAAAUGUGGCAAUACAAAACGGCAGAGCUCCUUCUGAUGUUUUGAAAUCUUCUCUCGAAGGAGUUGCAAAGCAUGGGUGUUAUUUUGACUUCAGUUCUGUUUCAGUCAAAAUCAAAACACACACUGUUAUUAAGGGGGAAUAAAACUACAGGAUAUAAUCCAGGUCCAAUAGCGCCAAAGUUAAAGUUACUACAAAUGGGCAACCAACGAAGGGGUUGGAUGUUGGCACCCUUCCCCCAAGAUGCCUUCAGCUCCUGGCAGUCUGCUCCUUCCUCCUGGAAACCUCAGACCCUUUGAAAUGUGAACGAGGAAUUUAUUUUUGUACUUUUUAAUUACAUUUCCUGAGUCUACAUUGCAGGCACUUGGGUACUUUUGUAAACCAAAAAAAGGAAGAAAUAAUGUUUAUGUACAUAAGUAUGCAAAACGAUAUAUUUAUGUUUAAGAGAUAGAGAUUGUUUGAAUAUGGGGAUAUGCUCAAACCUAUUUAUUUUGCUAAUAUAUUUAUCCACAUGUGAAGCUCUUCAUGUGGCUGUUAUUUUUUUCCUGUAUAAAGUCACUGGGUGCCUAUGUUCAAGAAGAUGCCUCUUCCUCAUUCCUCAGAAAUAAAUUAUUUUUAAUCUCUGUA